GGCUUCUUUGCCCUCACUGACAAGGGCACUACAGCUGGGCGGAAUGUUUUCGUGUUUGAAAUUGUAAAGCUUUAUUGACACGUUACAGUAAGUGCAUGUGAUCGGUUAGUAUAGCUACGGCAGUGAAAAGCUAUGUUGUUCCUCCACAAUUAUCUGUUUAACGUAUUUUAUUCACUUUGUCAUGUGCUGCUAUGUCCACAUUAUUUGGAAAAUGACAUUAUGAAUAAUGUCCUUUUAAAAUGUUGGUUUUCCUGAUGUAAAGCUACAGGUGUGAAUGGUAAAAUACCAAUUUACCUCAUAUUUGCAAGUGCUUCACUAGAACAUGACUUAAAUGUGGCACUUCUUACAUUUUUAGGGAAAUAACCAUUAGAAAUCCAUUAACACUGCAUUAUGUACUAGAUUCUGGUGCAAUAGCCAAGAAAACAGUUAAAGAUGCUUCCUAUUGCUCUUUAAUUCACCACUUGUUUAUUUAUUUGUUAUGGCCAAAAUGUAUGAAGAUAAAACCUGAAAAAAAUAAAACCAUGCCAUGAAGAUGCUGUUAACGCCAGGCUUCCCAAACUCCAGCCCUCCAGAUGUUGCUGAACUACAACUCCCAUGAUGCGAUGAAUGAAAUAGGCUGAGAAUCAUGGGAGUUGUAGUUCAGCAACAUCUGGAGGGCUAGAGUUUGGGGAAGCCUGGGUUAACCCUUAACCCCUUAAGGACUGAGCCAAAUGUACAUGUGAACAAAACAAAAUGUAAACAAAACCUGGCAUUUGCGCUACAUGUCUUUCGAACCGUAAUUCACCUCUUUCAUAUUAAAUGCACCCACCCUUAUUAUAUAUCAUUUUAUUCAGGGGAAACAGGGCUUUCAUUUAAUAUCAAAUAUUUAGCUAUGAAACAUAAUUUAAUAUGAAAAAAUGGGAGAAAAUAAGAAAUUAUUUUUUAAUUCUACAUGACAUUUUAACUGCCAAUGUCAUAAUACUGUUUGCUUUUACUGCAACAAAAUACACAUAUUUGUAUUCAGCAAAGUCUCACAUGUAAAACAGUACCCCCUAUGUACAGGUUUUAUGGUGUUUUGGGAAGUUACAGAGUCAAAUAUAGCACGUUACAUUUGAAAUUGAAAUUCGCCAGAUUGCUUACGUUGCCUUUGAGACUGUAUAGUAGCCCAGGAAUAAAAUUUACACCCAUAAUGGCAUACCAUUUGCAAUAGUAGACAACCCAAGGUAUUGCAAAUGAGGUAUGUCCAGUCUUUUUUAGUAGCCAUUUGGUCACAAACACUGGCCAAAGUUAGCGUUAAUAUUUGUUUGUGUGUGAAAAAUGCAGAAAACGCCAAUUUUGGCCAGUGUUUGUGACUAAGUGGCUACUAAAAAAGACUGGACAUACCCCAUUUGCAAUACCUUGGGUUGUCUACUAUUCUAAAUAGUAUGCCAUCAUAGGGGUAAUUUUCAUUCUUGGGCUACCAUAGGGUCUCAAAUGCAAUGUAACCAAUCUGGCAAAUUUUAAUGUGAGAAAAAUGAAACACAAGUCUUAUAUUUGACGCUGUAACUUUUGAAAACACCAUGAAACCUGUACAUGAGGGGUACUGUUGUACUCGGGAGACUUCGCUGAACACAAAUAUUUGUGUUUCAAAACAGUAAGAAGUAUCACAGCAAUAAUAUCUUCUGUGUAAGUGCUGUUUGUGUGUGAAAAAUGCAAAAAAGUCACUUUUACUGGCGAUAUCAUCGUUGUAAUACAUUUUACUGUUUUGAAACACUAAUAUUUGUGUUCAGCUAAGUCUCCUGAGUAAAACAGUACCCCCCAUGUACAGGUUUUAUGGUGUCUUGGAAAGUUAUAGGGUUAAAUAUAGUGCUAGCAAAUUAAAUUCUCUAUACUUUCGGCAUGGGUUGUCAAGCAGGUCCCGCUAAUUGUAAUUAAUUAAAAUAACUAAUUAUGUAAAAAUAUUACAUAAAUCUAUAUGUAGAAUUAAUAUAUGUGUAUAUAUAUAUACAUAUGUGUGUGUAUAUAUAUGUAUAUAAUUUUUUUAAAUAUUUUUAUUUAUAUAUAGGUAUACAUAUAGUGAUACAUACGUUUAUAUUUAUGUAUAUAGAUUAUAUAUAUUAUUUCGUUCUACGUGUAUUUUGAUAUAAAUAUAUAUAUAUAUUAAUAUCACAAUACAGUUAGAACGAAAUAACACACAUCUAUAUAUUUUUUAAUUAUUUUUAAUUAUUUUUUUAAUUUUAUAUAUUUUUUUUCAAUUUGACAAUUUUAAUUUUAUCAAAGAACACAGUUGGGGGGUACAGAAAGGAAAAGGGGGAGGGUACGCAGUUAUUAAUUUUAUUUUUUAACAUAUUUAAAAAUUUUUAUAUUAUAUAUAAAUAUAUAACAAUAAUUAUAUUUAAUCAGUAUCAGUCUACGUGUAAUUUGAUAUUAAUAUAUAUAUAUUAUUAGUAAAAUACACCUAGACAGUGUAUGUGUGUGUAUGUAUAUAUGUGUAUAUAUAUAUAUAUAUAUAUAUAUAUAUAUAUAUAUAUACUUAGAUCACAAUUAAGAUUCUAUACUAAACUAAAUAAAAUACUCUCAUAACUUUGUGCAUAUAAUAGAAGCUCAAAAAAAUUAAGAAAAAUAACAAAUUAAAAAGAAGCGUAAAAACGCCCGACGCAUGUUUUGGUGCCACAGUAAUGUGCCUUCAUCUGGGGGUGGGACCAUAGUCACCAAGAAAACAAUUGGUAACACACUACGCCGUGAAGGACUGAAAUCCUGCAGCACCCGCCAGGUCCCCUUGCUCAAGAAAGCACAUGUCUGAAGUUUGCAAAUGAACAUCUAAAUGAUUCAGAGGAGAACUAGGUGAAAGUGUUUUGGUCAGAUGAGACCAAAAUUGAGCUCUUUCGCAUCAACUUAACUCACCGUGUUUGGAGGAGGAGAAAUGCUGCCUAUGACACCAAGAACACCAUCAAACAUGGAGGUGGAAACAUUAUGCUUUGGGGGUGUUUUUCUGCUAAGGGGACAGGACAACUGCACCAGAUCAAAGGGACGAUGGACGGGGCCAUGCACCAUCAAAUCUUGGGUGAGAACCUCCUUCUCUCAGCCAGGGCGUUGAAAAUGGGUCGUGGAUGGGUAUUCCAGCAUGACAAUGACCAAAAACACACAGCCAAGGCAACAAAGGAGUGGCUCAAGAAGAAGCACAUCAAAGGAGCACUAUAGGGUCAGGAAUACAGCCCUGUAGUAGGGCCGGCACUAACAGCAUACCCACCACUAACAAUCACGUCCCAGAGACUGCAUGCAUUGGGAGUCACUCACUCUAAAAUUGCGGAUGCCACCUGACAGUCGGCAAGCGUGGGGACAAGUGGAGAGCGGUUAAACGACACUCUGACUAAGCUGGAUUAAAUUCUUGCUGCCUUCUGGGCCAGGAUUUCGGAGAAGGCGCUGAACGCAGCUACAGCUAGGCGAACAACUCCUGCACUCAAUUCUACGUGCAUAUUUAUAUAAUAUUUUUACAAUAAUUAAGUAAUUUUAUUGAUUGCAAUUUGAGGGACAUGCCUGACAACCCAUGCCAAAAGUCCAGAGAAUUUAAUUUGCUAGCAUUAUAUAUAACUCUGUAACUUUCCAAGACGCCAUAAAACCUGUACAUGAAGGGUACUGUUUUAUGUGGGUGACUUCACUGAAUACAAAUAUUAGUAUUUAAUAUUUAAAAACAGAUCACAACUAUGAUAUUGUCAGUGAAAGUGACUUUUUUUUGCAUUUUUCACACGCAAACGGCACUUUCACUGAUGAUAUUGUUGUGAUACGUUUUACUGUUUUGAAACACUAAUAUUUGUGUUCAGCGAAGUGUCCUGAGGUUAACAGUACCUCCCAUGUACAGGUUUUAUAGUGUUUUUGAAAGUUACAGGGUUAAAUAAAAGGGUUGCCCAUAUCAUUUUUUUCAUAGACAUUUGCCAGAUUGGUUAUGUUGCCUUUGAGACCAUAUGGUAGGCCAGGAAUGAGAAAUCUCCCCGUGAUUGCAUAGCAUUUGCUAAAGUAGACAACCCAUUGUAUUGCAAAUGGGGUAUAUCCAGUCUUUUUUAAUAGGCACUUAGUCGCAAACACUGGCAAAGUUAGCGUUCAUAUUUGGUUUUUGCAUUUUUCACACACAAACAAAUAUAAACGCUAACUUUGACCAGUGUUUGUGACUACUAAAAAAGACUGGACAUACCCCACAUUUAAUGCCCUGGGUUGUCUACUUUUGCAAAUGGUAUGCAAUCAUCAUGGUGUAAUUAUAAUUCCUGGUCUAUGAUGCAGUAUCAAAGGCAACAUAACCAGUCUGGCAAAUUUCAAUGUGUAUAAACUGAAAAAUUAAGCAAGCUAUAUUUGACCCUGUAACUUUCCAAAACAGCAUAAAACCUGUACAUGGGAGGUACUGUUGUACUUGUGAGACAUUGCUGAAUACAAAUGCCUGCAUUUUAUUGCAGUAAAAACUUACAGUAUUAUGACAUUCAAAGUUAAAAUACCACACAGAACUAAAAUAAAUCUUAAAUUUCUCACACUUUUUUUAAAUUUUAUUUAUAAUAAAUUGUGUUUUAUAUAUGAAUAGUUCAUGUCAUGUUAAAGCCCUGUUUUACCUGAACAAAAUGAUAUAUAAUAAGUGUGGGUGCGCUCAAUAUGAAAGAGGUGAAUUAUGGUUAAACAGACAUAUAGCGCAAAUUCCAGUUUUUGUUAACGUUUUGAUUACUUGUACAAUUGGCUCAGUCCUUGACCCCUUAAAACCGGAGGGCGUACUAUUACGCCCUAUUCUAAGCGGCUCUAAACGACCGCAGGGUGUAAUAGUACGCCCUCUGGUUUUUCUUACUUACCCAGUCGCCGGCAAUCGCGGUUGGAGAGACUCACCUGGGACCCCAGGGAGUCCCCCGCGGCGGAUCCUGCCUCCUCCGGCCCCCCCGGCCAUGUGAGAGUGAGGUCCUUGCGAGGACCUCACAAUCACAUAGCCGGGUUAGCUGGCUGCUGUAUUGCCAGCAGGGGGACUGCUGGUAAUGACAGUCCCCCUGCUGGCUGGAAAUAAAAUACAUUAAAGUUAAUAAAGUGUAAAAAAAUAAAAUAAUAUACUUAGAUCAUAUAUAUAUAUAAGUGAAGACACUGAAUGUUUGGAUGCAUUUUAGGCAGCCAUGACACAGGAAGGAUCUCUAACAGCCAUCUGAGGAGUGGCCAGUGAAGUUAUCACUAGGCUGUAAUGUAAACACUGCAUUUUCUCUGAAAAGACACUGUUUACAGCAAAAAGCCUGAAGGUAAUGAUUCUACUCACCAGAACAAAUUCAAUACGCUGUAGUUGUUCUGGUGACUAUAGUGUCCCUUUAAGCAGAAAACUUGUUUCAAUAUCAUUAUAUACACAAUCAGCCUCUAAAGGGCUUCUACAUCUAAUACUUAUUAUAAAUGUGACUAAUUAUAAUCCCAAUUUUAGACAUUUAGUAGACAUACUAUACCACCUUACAUUUGUCCUAGCAUCUAAUAAUCGAAUUUCCAAAAAAUAAUGGCAUUGGUUAUGUGAGGUUAUUGUCUUUAUAGAUUCUAAUAAUUAUAUAUUUUUAUGUGUGUGUUUUUAUUUCUAGUAUGUACAUUUCUCGUGUAGUUCUUAAUUUCUAAUCUAUGGUCCACUUAUCUUUCAUAUGCUCUAUUCCUAAGGGUAAUUCCAACACUUCCGGUUCCUUUCCUUUUUGGUCUGGAACCAUCUUUUUGCUUCACAGCGUAGUGUGUUACCAAUUGUGUUCUUGGUGACUAUGGUCCUAGCUAUCUUGAGAUCAUUAGCAAGAUACUCCCAUGUUGUUCUGGGUUGAUUCCUCACCAUUCUCAUGAUCAUUGAAACUGCACGAGGUAAGAUCUUGCAUGGAGCACCAGAUCGAGGGAGAUUGACAGUAAUUUUGAGUUUCUUCCAUUUGCAAAUAAUCGCACCAACUGUUGUCACCUUCUCACCAAGCUGCUUAGCGAUGGUCUUGUAGCCCAUUUCAGCCUUGUGUAGGUCUACAAUCUUGUCCCUGACGUCCUUGGCUCUUUGGUCUUAUCCAUGGUGGAGAGUUUGGAAUCUGAUUGAUUGCUUCUGUGGACAGGUGUCUUUUAUAAAGGUAAUGAGCUGAGAUUAGGAGCACUCCCUUUAAGAUUUAUAUGUAUAUAUAAUAUACUACUUAGCAGCCAUAAUUUGCAUGUCCCUAGAAUGUAAGCUCGUUGGAGCAGGGUCCUCAGCACCCUCUGUUCUCGCUUGUCAAACUUAUCUUGUUGCAAAUACUUGUCUGGUAGUCCACCUAUUUACAUUGCUGCAGAAUUUGUUGACGCUUUAUAAAUAAUAAUAAAAGUAAUACUGUUAGAACAUCCAUGGUAAAGACUUUGGACUGUGGAGACAAAUGACAAAUUAGCACUGCAAAGUUUAACCCCAUCGCGACCGCGGACGUAUCAGGUACGUCCGCCAAAAACCGGUACUUAAGGACCGCAGGGUCGAGGCAUUCAAUAAAAUAAAUACUUACAUUUAAAAAAAAUUAAAUAAAAAAUGAACCCCUUCCCUCCCUCUCAGAUGUGUCCAUAGUGCUGGCAGUCACAUCUGACAGGCAGUCCCCCUGCUGGGGAAAAAAGUAAAAAAUAAAAAAAGUUAAUAAUUUAAAUAUAUAUGUAUUAAGGCCUUUGGCCUGUAUUUGUGGGAGGGGCUUAAAUUAAUUCACUCCCCUAUAUAAGGGACACCCCUUACCUGACUCCAUAUCGCUUGAGGUCAGCAUCAGAAUGAUUUCCACUUCCGGGUCAUCCAGAUGCCAUUUUACCUGAUUACUCCAUGAGGUUUUCUAAGCUGAGCUGUGUCAGGAAUCCAGCCACAGGCUUUUCCGGCCUACCACCUUCAUUAUUCAAUCCCUCGCCGUGGAUGGUGUCCAAGUGACUCACAAACCGUAAGUCGACCUACCCGUUACGCCAGGCAUCAGUCCCACGGCACCAUGCACGGGUCAGGUCCUCACUUUACGGAUGCAUUUUGUCUAAGUCUGUUCUAAAACCAUUGCAUGUUCAUGCAUAUCAUUCGUUUAAACUCACUUGUUUAUAUCUGUCACUGGCUCAUUUCGAGCAUUAGCAUACUCCCGAACGGGAACACAUUCCGUUUCCAUUGCCUAAACAUACUAGCCAAUUCUGUGCGGGCAUUUCGAAUCUCACUGCUCGUUUCGUUUUGUUUCCCUGACAUACCAGGCUCACGGUUCGUGCAAUUUUCUACCAAACGGGAACUAGUUCAUGCAUUUACUAUUGUACUACACACACGUUUCGUGCGUUUACAACCCACGAACAGAACACUGGUUUGUUACAAUGACUGUUAAUAAGCUAUUAUGUUCACAUAUUGUAUAUUGUCGAACGGGCACUGUUCGUUUCCCUGUCAUACAACUAUAAUGCUGGGGCAUAGCUCACAAACAAUGUUUCACAUAAACCACGCUGACCCCUACAGGUCACUAAUCUCACGUUAAACUUGCAUUUGGAUUAAAGGGUAUUUUUAUCAUACAAUCAGCAUUUCUGACCCCUACUGGUCAACAGCAAAGUCUUCACAUGUCAUAUACAAUUUACCAGCCAAUAUAAAUUACACAUAAGAUUGUUUUUAAACAUAACCAUAAAUUAAACUCCUGCACGGGCUCAACUUCAGGUUUAAUUCACAAUAAUUGAAGAUUAUGCUAACGCAGUGUACUAAUAAUCUUAAUUUUAAUAAUGACAGGUGGUGGAUAUUUUGCAUUAACUUUCUUUACUAACUCCACAGCAGCAAAGAAAAAACAGUUGAAAGAAAGAACCAAUCAGCUUGAGUCAGAGAGUAAAUAAGUUCCAGUCUAGCCAAUCAUUUCCUCUUGACUAGUGCGACAUCACAAGUUCAUAAUAUGACAAAUGUGUCUUGAAUCAACUUGAAUCAACUAGUCCAACGUGGAAACUUCAUUAGCAUAGCCAAACGUCUUCAUGAAACCUAAAACUUGUUAACUGAUUCCGGUACGUUCGGUAUCUUGUUAAGCUGAAAGGAGACUAGUAUCAGUGAUACGGGACCGACCGUAUGGCAUAAAUGCUUAUGUGAAUGUUGACAAUAUUGACUGUUAAACAAGUUUAUCCAGACUAUCUAAAGUUAGUCCCUUUCACACAUUAGGAAGAAAAUAAAGGUAAAGAGUACCAUAAAACAUCUCACGAUAUAGAUAUAUACAAUAGUAUCUCUGUGGCUGCCACAUAAGCUCGUAGGGUCUUCACCACGCACAAUUGAGGAUCCGAGGUGAAGAAUGGGUAAAACACUGAAGGUGAAUUUCGCCAUCAGUUGUUUUAAUGAUAAUAGUUUGUUAGGGGGCCAUCCCCUUAGGAAAUGGAGCACCACAUUCACAUCCCAUAGGUGUCGAUAUUUUGGUGCUGGAGGUCGUCUCAGUUUGAUGCCGCGUAACAGUCGACAGAUCAGGGGAUCUUGCCCUACCGGUCUACCUUGGGACGGUGUAUGGGCUGCUGAGAUGGCGGAUCUGACCACGUUGAUGGUGCGAUACGAUUUCCCUUCCCCGAAUAUCUUCAAUAGGAAGUUCAUGAUAUCGGAUACAGGGGCUAUAAAGGGAUCCAGGUUCCGCCCCAUGCACCUAUCGGUCCAAGAGUGCCAUGCUGAUAAGUAACUCUUUCGUGUUCCAGGAGCCCUGGAGUCCCAUAGGAGGUCCUAAGUUGUUGCCGAUAGGUUUCUGGUACACCAUGCUCCCCUAAAAGAUUCCAGGCUAUCAGCGAUAGGCGUCCGUCUAGGAGCAUCGGGUGUGUCUCCCCCAUUGGGUUUCUGAGUAGGUUGUAGUCGAUCAGUAGUAGGAUUGGAUCCUGCCAAGCCAGUUCGAGCAGAUCCGGAAACCAAAGUUGGCUCGGCCAGUUGGGUGUCAGGAGCGUUAAUCUCACUCCCCGUCGUUGAACGUGAUGGAGAACCCUCGCGAUCAUUGCGAAUGGGGGAAAGGCGUAAGCUCCUCGUGGAGGCCAGUGUUGGGUGAAAGCGUCUACCGCCAGGCAUUCCGGGUCUGGAAGCCAGCUGUAAAACUGUGGCACUUGGUGAUUGUUGCGGGAGGCAGAUAGGUCCAGUGUGAAGGGCCUCAUCUGUUCGUUCAGGAGGGGGUAUAUACGUGGGUCCAGUUGCCAAUCGCUGACGUCUCUCCAGUGUCAGGUAUUCUGCUUGUAUCGUAAUGGUGCGUGGGAGACAGUAAUCGAAGAUUUCCUUCGUCAGCUCCACCAGUGUUUGGGAGCGUGUACCGCCAAGGUGGUUGAUGUAUCUCACUGCCAAUAUGUUGUCCAUCCGAAGAAGUAUACAACAAUUGGAUUGUCCUUUCGCCAGACUGCGUAUAGCGAAUGACCCCCGCUAGCAGUUCCAGGCAGUUGAUCUGCAUUGAGAGUUCUUGGUUUGUCCAUGUUCCUCCCGUGGAUGCUUCCCCGUCCGUGGCGCCCCAUCCCAAUCGGCUGGCGUCUAAUUACAGCACGAAGUCCGGGUGGGUGCCAAAGAUGGCUCGGCCAUUCCAAACUUGCAUACAAUUGAGCCACCAUUCGAGUUCCUGACGUACCUCGCUCGUUAGCGGGACUGGUUGGUUGUACGUAGGGUUUUGUCGUAAGAACCGGGUUUUCAAUUGUUGCAGGGGGCCUGGAAAUAUGGCUUGUAUCGAAGAGGACAAUAGGCCAACGAUCCGUGCUAGUUGUCAGAAUGGGAUGGAAUCGCAUUUGAGUACUCUGCAGAUUUCCUUCUUGAUGGCAGUCACUUUGGUAGCCGGGAGAUGAAGAGUGCAGGACCUGGAGUCUAUCUCGAAGCCCAGGAAUUGGAUGCUUUGUGUGGGUGUCAUUGCGGAUUUUGCUCUGUUGACUAUGAAGCCCAGGGAUUCCAAUAAUUGUACUGUGUAUUCUGUAUGUUGGACCGUCAAUUCCCUCGUCCUGCAGAACAAGAGUAUGUCGUCUAGAUAAAUGAUGCACCUGAUCCCUCGAGUCCUGAGAUGAGAGACUAUUGGUUUCAACAUCUUCUUAAACCACCAAUGCGCUGAGCUCAGUCCGAAGGGGAGGCAAGUGAAUUGCCAGGGAGCGCCGUUCCAUAGAAAUCGGAGGAGAGGGCGGCUGUCCGCGUAAAUCGGGAUUGAUAGAUAUGCGUCUUUGAGAUCCAGACGCGUAAACCAGUCCUUGUCUUGAAGGAGGUCCCUUAGUAAGUGUAUGCCCUCCAUUUUGAAGUGGUGGUAGGUCACGUGGGCAUUCAAUGCUCUGAGAUUGAUGACCGGUCUGAAGUCUCCGGUUUUCUUGCGGACGAGAAACAUAUUGCUGAAGAAGCCUCCCUGUCCUUGAACGGGCUGUAUGGCACCCUUCGCAUGCAGCUCACGGAGCUCCAUUUCUAUGAGGUGCACGUCUGAGGCUGAGAGGUAUAAUGGGUGAGGAGGACAUCCCUGUACCAGGUUUGUACGUAAUUCGAUGCGGUACCCUUUGACUGUCUGUAGAACCCAGGCGUCUGUGGAUAGCUUUGCCCAAUUCUGGGAAAAAAGAGAAACACGGCCUGCAGACAUGGUUAGUUGGGACAUAGUUAUGGGUUGUUUUCUUACCUAUGGGAAGUCUUGCGCAGGCUUGUCCGUGACCUGCACGUCCUCUGUCCGUACCCCUCUGAUAGUAGGGGUAGCUCUGUCAAGAGCCUGCGUCUUGGUAACCCUGUUGCGGGUAAAAUUGUUGUAGGUGUCCUGUGCGGAGGCCCGAUGGCCAGAAUCGGCUGGUGGCAUGACCCCGUUGCCGACCAGCCCUGGGAAAAACACCUCUCGUGAGGUUGCCACGGAAUACCUUGCGCAUGGAUUAACGGGCUCGGUUUAGUGAGGUGAAGACAUUGACAUGUUUGUUGAGCUCUUUGAGGAAGGCUUCUUUUACCCCUAAAUCCGCUAAUUUGGGGUCUAUACGGAACAGUGCUGCGCGGCGCCGCUCUGUGAAGAGGGCCGCAUUGGUAUUCCCGAGAAAACAGAAGCUGCUCUGGGUCCAUUCUCGGAUGUCGUGUGCCCACUCUCUUACCAUGUCCGCAUUAAAAGAGUCCGCCCUGGCAUAGGCAUUGUCCUUCAAAUACAUUACACGGGCCAAGGCCCCCAUCGUGUCCAGGAGCUUGUCUUGUGCACCUUUUAGACUCCUCUCUAUCCCUCUGUGGGGGUCCCGACCUCCCUGCUCCAUGAAUGUCAGCAUAGCUGAUCGAACUCGGGUGUGAAGGCUACUUUAUCGGGUAACGAUGGUCUUGGGCAUUCCGCUCUCAUCCGCUUGCGUACGUGCUUCUCUAGGGGCUUGCGGAUACAGAAAUGCAUAAACCUGAGGCGGUGCUCAGAUGCCAUUCCUCCGAGCGGGGAUGCCGGAUAUUUCUGGGAUCGAACAUCCUGUGUCUAGAAACACCUCUUGAUCCUGCGUGAUGGUUGAGGCGGAAGCUUCUUCGUCUCCUUUACCCUGGGGCUCACCCAGGAAGGUCUCCGUGACGUAGGCGUUAAAGCCCCAAUCGCCUUCGUCCGAUUCGGAGAUGUCCGCCUGCCAUUCAUCAAGAAUGGAGAGGGAGUGUGGCAUGUCUUUUUUUCCUCAUCCGAGGAGAUGUCUUUAGCGGGCUUUGGUGCCAUAGGACGUUUACUUCGCUUCAGGAGCACUUUGCCUUUGUUGAUGGCUGUUUUAGAUACCUCACCCUUCCAGUGGCGUUUAGCCAGGCGGUGUUUCUCUUGAGAGGAGUCGUCCGACGCCUCGGAGUCUUCUUGAUCACGAGGUCGUUUACUAACCGGCUUGUUAGAUUCAGUGGCCGGUGCUAGCACUUUUGCCAUUGCCUUCUCCAAUGAGAGGGCCACUGCCGCAUUAAUCAUGGCCUGGAGCUCGUUAUUGUUCUGAUUGUCCUCCAUAGUGAGGGCACUGACAGGCACAGGGUUGUCAAUAGAUAUGUGGGAGUUGGAUUGUGUGGGAGGGGAUUAUGACAGGCCGAUGGCCGUACAAUUGUCGCCAGUGGCGUGCGACAAGCGGACUCUGUACUACUGGGGCUCACCCAGUCGGUCGGAACUGCUUGAAUAGAUUCCGUAAGGCAGCACUGCGGGAUCGUUCCCAAAUGGGGGCUCACCCCUAGCCAGGUUACUGGGUAUAAAACCUUACUGGCUGUCCCACUCCCUAGGGUUAUAACACCCACCUUGUACACUCCAACUGUAGGCACUUUUUCCAGCAGUCAAAGAUCUCUUUGUAUGAGCCUGAUGGUGAUGUGAGUUGGACUUCUCCAAUAGCCUCACGAAAUGGCCACCGUGGUGAACAGGAAGAAAAAGCCCGCGAAGGCAAACGUUUAGAAAACCUACAAGCGUUCGAUAGAACUCGCGAACGGCUCAAUUCGCGGGUUUGCAAGCAGCCGAACGUCUGUUGAAGGAGAAGCCGCGAACGGACUGAAUUACUUUAUAUGAAUCCAGUCCGUUCGAGUGAAUGCACUGAGCUAUUUAGUGUUCGCGGGUGUGCGCGAACAGAGCGCAUUCACUCCGUUCGCGUAUUUGCUGUAUGGGCACGCACGAACCUAAGGCCAGCUUGCUCUGUUCGCACGGAGAAGUGCACGAACAGAGCGGUAAGCCCUACAUCAAAGUGGCGAACAUAGCCACUCGAGGAUUGUGGGGAGGGGAGGGGAGGGAAGGGGGAUGAGGCUAAUCCGUAGCGCUGAGGUGAAACAGGGGAUCCCCGGAAUGGUGAAACCGUUAAAGGGGUACCCCCAAUAAGUGUCCCAUUGCCACCCCCCAGUAUCUGUAUAAUAGUUAAAGCAAACUAUGUAGAUAAUACCUUAAACAUACCAACACAGACAAAAAACAGUUAAGGAAGUAUUACUCUGACCUGACUUGUGAUGGAGCAGCAAAGAAGGCGGAAAUGAUUGGCUAGGCCGAAACUUAUAUACUCUCUGACUCAAGCUUAUUGGUUCUGUCUUUCAACUGUUUUUUUUUUUUUGCUGCUGUGGAGUUAGUAAAGACAGUUAAUGCUAAAUAUGAAGCCUCCUGUCAUGUGGUAAAAUUUACAUUUCACAUCAAGACCAACAGUGGUUCUACCAACACUGCCACCUACAGGUCUGUCAAGUACAUUGACAAUUUUCAUGGGGUUUUACAAACACCAAAAAACUGACCCCUAUAGGUCAACAGACAAACAACAUUUCACAUACCAAUCAGUAUCCAACUACACUGCCACCUAUAGGGCACUCUGCAGAUCUCCAGUGCACUUGCUUUUUGCAACACCAUGUUCACUGACCCCUACCAUUCAAUAAGACAUACAGCAAUUCACAUAGCAAGUAGUAUAUCAACAUCUGGUAUAAAUACACAUAUUAUUACAAAGUAGCAGACGCAUCUGUAUAUAUGUAACUGGUAAUUUAGUUCACAUACAUUUUUCACAGCACGCUGCUCACACAACAGACUUUCCCCUAGCAAGGGGACAUACAACGUACAAGGUGGGGACAGACCACUUUUUCACUUGUACAUAUGGCACUUAAUGGGUUAAGAUUGAUACAUAUUUAAACAGUAUGGCUACGAUGUUUAAUAUUUACACAUCACAGCACUUUACUUUUCACAUAUACUGUACGUAUUAAGAUAAGCUUGGUCUAUGCCAUCCAUUCAGGUUACAGUUACUACUAAAAAAACCUAUAUGGAUUGUCAGGUUCAAUACCAUACUACCAGGUACAUACACCUGCUCACGUAGUUAUCCAUCUCUUAACUUCCCUGGAAUAGUAAUAGCGUUCUAGGGCCCAAUAGGUAUGACCCCCUUUUUUCUCUGCAUUACGCUUCCACGAGGCCAACACCCCGCCUCACACUCGGAGGCAUACACCCCUCGGGCCACUCGUGAGCUAGCCACCUCGCAUUGUAUCAUAGAGAGGGCCUCACCUGUCACUCCCCUUCCUAUUUUCUGGUUACUGUCACCGAGAGGCCAACAUCCUGCCACAACGUUCAGUGGCCACAAAAAAUCCCCUUGCGCCAACGCAUAGAUAGAGCCUCUCAAGCCACUUGGCAACUCACCAGUCACCAAAAAACACUAAGCCUAAUCGUUUCGCCUUACGGCUUAGCUAGCAAGCCAGUACAAGACCCCUGGGUACAAAUAAUAAUUCCAAUCUUUGUUAUUUAAGUAUUUCUCAAAAAGAUGGUAAAGAAUCACCUCUUCCUAGCACCCCGGCUAGAAUUGAUACACCUUCAAGCAGAGGAGAUGUUGCUAGUCCAGCAGCAAUCAGAUCCUGGAUGAUCCCACACAUUACCACCGACCUAAGGAGGGAACAAACCCCCUACCCUGCCACAGCAAGGAAAGCAGAGUUAUUCAAACUCCUCCAUACAUCAACGGACAACACAGAGGCAGGAGAAGGCCAGGAACACCAACUCAGGGGACACCCAGGCCAUGCUAGCCUCACUCAUAAACUCAUGAGCCAAAAAAUUUACAACAGACUGGCCCUCACAAGGCUGGGCCUCACCCUACUGUACAACCAGCACCAACCGAAACUCGGUCACCUGGUACAAUCAAUUCUUAUGACACACAAGACGUUAACCCUGCACAUAUGAUCCCAGCACAUUGGGGAAACAAGGCAUAUAUAUAUAUGACGAUGUAUCUGUGAUGGUCAAAUCCAGGGAUUCCAGGUAAAUCGGGAACUGAUCAUCCCUUGGUUGUGUUGGCAUUUGGAAUAUGUAGAGAUGUUUAUUUGUGCAGGUACCCAUACAAAAGGGAUUUUGUCCCAAACAAACGGACAAGCACUCUCAGGCUCCAGGUACCAGCACCUCUGAACUACCAGAGACAAUUGGUAUGAGUAGUUGCAUUGCAUAUAGACUGUUGCAUAUAUGUUCAAAUGGUUCAGGGCACAUGACAAACCAUGUGUCCUAAUACAACUUACAAAAAACGUACUCACCAUCUGUACACACCAAUGCAUUUUCAACACUACUGACUCAUCACCCUUCCAGACUUGUAGUAUAUUUACUAAAGCUCUGGAGCUUCAAAGGGCUCCCAUACAGGUAUCAUAAAUACACCUUCAAGGAAUAUAGCAUGCCCUCACUUACAGUCAGCACAACAGAACCAUUGGCUGUAAACACACUCAUAGGGGUUUUACUUGGGUUUUCCAAUCUCCACCAUUUACAGCAUGGCGCCAAACACAAAUACAUUGGUAUUGUCACAAGGAAAUCUUCCCUUAAACAAAGACUAACCAUAGACUUAUUGGCACCACACACCUCCGCUACCCUAAGUCUCAACUCCCUCAUACCCUCCAAGGAGUUUCCUUACUAUACAACACCAUUGAUCUACCUUUACAGCUAUCACUCAAGCAUGGGUUGAAGCUUGGUUAAGUAAGACCAAUAUCAUCAACGCAGUAAACGGCUACCAUCUACCCCACACACUGGCACUUACAUGGCAUAAAAUGGGCAAUCCUUUCCCCGCUCAACUUUCGGGUUACAGAUUAAGCUACUAUCGAUAUUCACAGAUACUCUGUGCUGGUUAUGAUAACAUAUCCAGAGGCCUUACAGUCGUACACUAUCUAGAAGACUUCUUGUUGAUAAAAGAUAACAUAUUUUUCACUAGAAGCCUCACGGCAGCUUAGUCUGGUUGACCACUUGGGCGUCCCAGUACCCCAUAAGAAACAGAAGGCCCAGACACUAUCAUCACAUUACUGGGCAUAUGAUUUGAGUCGGUAUCCAUACACACAAGUUACCACAAAACAAAUAGGGAACAUUCUCAACUACAUCAAUCACUACCUCCUGCUUAGUACUUACAACCGCAAGGAUUGUAAGUACUUGAAUGUUUGUAUACUUUAUAUUUAAAAUAGUAUACAGUGUAACAUUCUUCUUCUUCCACUGGGUAAGUAUAUUAGUACUUGGGCAAUACUGUGCUUCGGAACUUUGGAAAUUCGGUAAUUUUGGAACCUCGGUAAUUCGGCUUUUCGGACAUUCAGAAGUACCCGAAUGUCUAAUUUCCCGAAAUUCGUCCGAAUUCAUAUUUGGCCCGAAACGAAUUGCACAUGUCUAUUAACCACUUGGCAUGGUAAAAGCAUGUUCCUUCCAGGAUUGUCUGACACUUCUCCAACAAGAUGGUCAGACGCGGCGUCUACCACGGGUUUGGCAGCGAUCUACCGGGAACGAUGGCUUUGGAGCUGUUGGCCAUGGCAUCGAGGUUUGGAAAUUUUUCCACCACCUCAGCCCCUUUGAGGGAUCUACCCUAUUGUAGCAGCUGUUGUGGCAUGGGGUAAAUCAUGGUCAGGAUCAUCAUCCUUUGUUACUCAGACAACUAAGCCUUCUUAUCAUCAACAAACACCACACAUCAUCCAUACGAUCAUGAUAUUUAUGGGGAACUCACUUGGUUGGCCACUUAUCACAUUUCUUUUACUUUCAUGUACCAGACGGGGGUAUACAUCCCUGCCGACAAUUGUCUCAUUUAUAUUCCAGGCAUGUUCAUCAUACUCUUCCUACAGCCGCCCAUACAGUCACGGCCACUCUUUCGUUCCAGAGAUAAAAUCAUGGAUUAGACAUACUCAUGCAGCAUAGCAUGCACUAUCCCACCUAACACUUUCGUCCCAUACUUGUAGAAUGCAUAACACAGCUUUUCACCUGCUUAAAGAAUCUCAUUGGAACACGACAUAGCUCAACCUGUGUCAUAAGAUUUCUCCUAGGUUUUGCUUCUUUUUGCCACCUUAAACUAAAACUAUCUCACACACCAUUAAUUAUAUAUUUUACAGGCAUUCAACAACACAGGAUAACCUAUGGCCAAAACUACCAAAACUUCAUGCUAUCAUACCAUACAAGAAUAUACUCAGAGGUUUUCAGGAAUCCAUUCCCCCACGUUCCUCUCAGAGAUUACCAAUAGCCAUCCAACUUUUCCAUCCUUAUCGGACCUAUUAGAUCUACAACCAUUCAAUUAUACUACCAAGUUGGCCAUUACCAGCCAUGCACACUGCCUUCUAUGCCUUUCUCAGGCCAGAGAAUACACUACCAUCACCACCACUCAGACAGAUCAUUGUCUUAAACGAUCCCACGUAUGUAAACACACAUAUCAUUACCUAUUGGCUCUACCACAUUCCGAAACGAGUCAACAUGCACCAACAGUAGGGAUAACAUACUAUCCUACCAACAACAAAUGGUGUCCAGUUGCAGUCCUAGAUUCCUACCUUCAAAAUCCUUCCAGAAAUUAAAUACCGUAAUGUAUUUAAGGAAAUGUCUGGUUAAUUUGUAUAUAUUUGUUUACUGUAUUAAAUCUUUGAUUAUUAAUUUUUGCCCUCUUUAUUUACAGGCCUACCGUAUCGUCGGUCUCGGCACACCACAACCGACUUGCUCCCUUUAUACUAUCCUAUGCUUAUGCUGGAACCUUACUCCAUAUACGGCUAUUUGCCCCUUACACAAGUAUUAAGGCCGUUUGGCCUGUAUUUGUUGGAGGAACUUAAAUUAAUUCACUCCCCUAUAUAAGGGACACCCCUUACCUGACUCCAUAUCGCUUGAAGUAAGCAUCAGAAUGACCCACCCACCCACUCCUCAUUUCAACACUUUCUCUUUUCUUUCCAUUUACUUUACUUUCUUACUCCUUGAUGGGCCCUCUUUAUUUACAGGCCUACCGUAUCGUCGGUCUCGGCACACCACAACCAACUUGCUCCCUUUAUACUAUCCUACGCUUAUGCUGGAACCUUACUCCAUAUACGGCUACUUGCCCCUUACACACAAAAAAAAUAUAUAUAUAUAUAUAUAUAUAUAUAUAUACACACACACAUAUGUAUAUAUGAGAUAUGUAUAUGUGUGUGUAUGUAUGUAUGUAUGUAUGUGUAUAUAUAUAUAUAUAUAUAUAUAAAUAAAAUGUCAUACUAAGUGUAUUGUUUUUAUUAAUAUAUACAUAUAUUAAUAUAAAGAUACACUUGGAGUAAAAUUACACACGUGUGAGUGUGUGUGUGUGUGUAUAUAUAUAUAUAUAUGUGUGUGUGUGUGUAUAUAUAUAUAUAUAUAUAUAUAUAUAAUACAAAUUAAAUAAUCAAUUAAAAGUAAAUAAAGUAAAAAUAAUUUAAAAAAAUAUAUAUUUAAUUUUAUUCUAACUGUAUUUUGAUAAUAUAUAUAUAUCAAAAUAGACUUAGAAUGAAAUUAUAUAUAUAUAUGUAUAUAUAAAUAAAAAUAAUACAAAAUAUACCUAUGUCCAUAUACAUAAUUACAUAAAUAAUUUCAUCAAUUUACACGUAGACUUCAAAUAUGUAUAUAUAUUUAAAUUCUACGUGCAUAUUUAUGUAAUAUUUUUACAUAAUUAAAGGAUCACUAUAGUCAACAUAUAAAAGCAAGAAAGACAGGUCCCCCAGCCUUCUUUUUUGCUUUUAUAUGAACUUCCAGUUAUUAAAAAUAAUUUGAGUCUUUUUUAGCAUAUAAACUUACCUCCGUUCCAGCGCCAAGAUCCCCGUCAGGCCAUGCCCCCUUUUUCCUCAAAAUGACGAAAUCGCGGGGCUCAAUCAGACGCUUCUCUUAUGGCGCUUCUCGACCGAUCCAGUGCGCAUGCGUGGCUUCGCGCUGCACCAAUCGUGUUCUUCAUAGAGCAGCAUUGAAUGCUGCCCUAUGAAUGAACACUGAGCACUCUAUUUCUAUCUAUCUAUUUCUUUCUAUCUAUUUAGAUGGAAAUAACACACACACACACACACUGCAUUAUAUACACACACUACACAAACACUGCAUUCACUAUACACUACACAAACACAGGCACACAGCAUUCACAAUACAUACACUACACACACUGCAUUCACUUUACGCACACUAUACACACACUCUGCAUUCACUAUAUAUACACACUACACACUCACUGCAUUCACUAUACACACUACACAAAUACACACUGCAUCCAUUAUACACACAUUACACAAACACACACAGCUACCCUGUCUAAACACACUGCAUCUCCUACAUGUGGCAUGUAUAUUUUGUGCAUUUACCUUUAGAAAUAGUUUAUGUACAAAAUAUCGUCAAGUUAUCGGCUAUCGGCCUGAAAGUUCACAGAUUAUCGGCAUCGGCUCUAAAAAAAAAUCAAUAUCGGUCGAUCCCUAAUCUAUUUCUUUCUAUCUACUCCUUUCUAUCUAUUUCUUUCUCUCUAUCUACUCCUUUCUAUCUAUUUCAUUAUCUCUAUCUAUUUCUAUCUAUCUCUGUCUCUUUCUAUCUAUUUCUUUCUAUAUUUCUAUAUAUUUAUCUAUUUCUUUCUAUCUCUCUUUCUCACUCUCUCACACUCACAGUCUCUCUCACACUCAGUCUCUCUCACACUCACUGUCUCUUACUCACACACCCUCUCACACUCACUCUAAAUUUUUAAAAUAAGUGUACUUACAGUUUGAAGUCAGGAGAUCUAUGCAUCCUCCUGCCUUCAGUCUGUCAGCACGAGCCAGCCCACGCUGUUUGUUGUUGCAGAUUUUAUCUCCCAGACUCCCACGAGCUGCUGUCAGCCUCAGGGAGACAGGAUGCUCAUGCACAGUGCCCUGUCUGCUGACGGAAUAUCUGAGUGGAUGGAUGCCAAUUACACAUCCAUCAACUCAGAAGUCCCUCUGGUGGCAGUCUGAGUGACUGCAACUAGAGGUGUUCCUAGCUUUCAAUGUAAACACUGUAUUUUCUAAGAAAAUACAGUGUUUACAUGAGAAGGCCUGCAGGGAGCUAUAGUUCUCACCUGAACAACCUCAUUAAGCUGAAGUGGUUCAGGUGACUAUAGUUUCCCUUUAAGUAAUUUUAUUGAUUGCAAUUUGAGGAACCUGCCUGACAACCCAGGCCAAAAGUCCAGAGAAUUUAAUUUGCUAGCACUAUAUUUAACCCUGUAACUUUCCAAGACACCCUAAAACAUGUACAUGGGGGGGGUACUGUUUUACUUGGCUGAACACAAAUAUUAGUGUUUCAAAACAGCAUUUUUCACACACAACCGGCACUUUCACUGAUAUCAUUGUUGUAAUACGUUUUACUGUUUUGAAACACUAAUAUUUGUGUUCAGCGAAGUCUCCCAAGUAUAACCCCCAGGUUUUAUAGUGGUUUUUGAAAGUUACAGGGCCAAAUAAAAGGCAUUUUUUUCACAGAGAAAUUUGGCAGAUUGGUUAUGUUACCUUUGAGAGUGUAUGGUAGCCCAGAAAUGAGAAUUACCCUCAUGAUGGCUCACCAUUUGCAAAAGAAGGCAACCCAAGUUAUUGCAAAUGGUGUAUGUUCAGUCUUUUUAAGUAGGCACUUAGUUGCAAACACUGGCCAAAGUUAGCGUUCAUAAUUGUUUUUUGCAUUUUUAACACACAAACAAAUGUAAAUGCUAACUUUGGCCAGUGUUUGUGACUAAGUAGCUACUAAAAAAGACUGGACAUACCCCAUAUUGAAAAUAUAUGGCUUGAUGGGGGUAAAUUAAAUUGUCCGGCUUUAAAAAUGGCCUAAAUAGGACAUUGGUGCAUGAUGACCAGCUUUGAAAUUUCCUAGUCGGAAAACUGGAAUGCGCCCCCUGAGAACCUGACACCCCUAUACAUAGGUGGUAUCACUGUACUCAAGAAAUGUUGCCAAACACAUAUUGGGGUGUUCUUUGGCAGUAACCCUUAAUGUUCUCAGUACAUGUAUUCUUAAAUUGCUAUGUGUGUCAAAAAAAAUCACCAAUUAUUUAUUUAUUUAUUUGGCAUAGAUUGGUGGUAAAAUGGUUGCAUGAAAAUACCCCAAGUUUAAUACCUUAGGUUGUCUUCUUUAAGAAAAUAUAUACAUGUGAAGGGAUUAUUCAGUGAUUCCUGAUAUCAGUGUGACAGUGUAAGUUGUUUCAUUUAGAAAACAAAAUGGUUUGGAAAUAGCAAAGUGUUACUUGUACUUAUGGCCCUAUAACUUUUUCCCCAAAAAAGCUAAGAACAUGUUAACAUUGGGUAUUUCUAAAAUCAAGACAUAAUUUAGAAACUAUUUAGCAUGGAUGGUUUUUGGUGGUUGUAGAUGCAUAACAGAUUUUGGGGGCCAAAGUUUGAAAAAGUUUUUUCAAAUUUUUUCAUCAUAUUUUAUAAAAAAAAGUUAUAGUAAAUUCUAUGAUAUAAUGAAAAUAAUGCUAUCUUUAGAAAGACCAUUUAAUGGCGAGAAAAACGGUAUAUAAUAUGUGUGGGUACAGUCAGGGCAGCCACCAGAAAUUUUGGGGCCCCUAACUGAGCCCGCCUCCAAGCCUGCCCACAGGGACCGCCUCCAAAUCCUGCCCACAGGAAUACACACACACACACAAACACUGAUACAUACUGAAACAGGCAUACAUACUGACACACACAUACUGAGACAUACACAUAUACAGACACACAGGCAUACAUAGUGACUGAGACACAUAAUAACAUACAUACAGACACACAUGCAUAAGGACAUACAGACAUACAUUCAUAAUGACAUACAGACAGACAUACUGUAACAGUGUAAGCAUGCAGAAGCCAAACACAGAGAGAUGGACUCAGGUAUUCAGGAAGUAAGAGGCCUUUUUUCACAUUACCGAUCGGGUCUCAGAUGAACUCCUGUUCCAAAAGAUCUGAGGGACAAAUACAUGGUGUACAGGACUUUUGUUAACAGCAUAUCCCCUCCCAUGCAGUAUAACCCCUCCUAUAUUCCUCAGACCAAUCAGCACACAGGAUAUUCAGGAUCACCUUAUAUGGCAGACCACAUGGCUUGUUGAAGACAAAGGAUUUUACUAUCCACUUCCACACAUGCUCAGUAUACUGAUGACUCAUCCAACUGUUUGUAAUCAGAUACUAAUUAGCAUAUGCCAUGUGGAGAUUUUGGCCUACUAAAUUUUGACCAUGCUGGAAUCCCAUCACAAUACAUUAAUACUGGCAUACAGACUAUGACAUCUAUACACGCAUACAUACAUACACAGACAUACAUUCAUAAUGACAUACAUUCAUACAGACAGACAGACAUCCAUCUAUCCAUACAUACAUAAUGACAUGCAUACAUAUAUACAUAGAUACUGGCAUACAUACAUACUGACAUACAUACACACACACACACACACACACACAAUGACAGACAUACAGACAGACAUACAUACAUCUCAUCUUCCAGCCACCCUCCUGUUUCUUACCUUUUCUUUGCAGGAGGGUGGCUGGAGCCAAUGGGAGUCGGCGCAGCUCUCCCUCUUCACUGCAGGGCUGUCUCUCCUCCCGCGCGGAGUGAGCUGGGAGGAAGUGACCACUUCCUCCCAGCAGCACUUGCUGCAGCUUUUUUUUUUUUUAAAUGGGGCCAGUCACGCUAUUACACAGCCGCAGCGCUGACCGCCCUGAAGAUAUAGGGCCACCUGAUAGGCCCCAUCAGCGUGCGGGCCCCAGUGCAACAGCACCAGCGGCAGUUCCGCCGCUACACGUGGGGCCCGGACAGCUGGUACAGUACAGUAAAUAAGUAAGAGGAAAAUUACAGCUAAACACAAAACCUGCAGAAAUGUAAAAAGAGCCCUGGUCCUUAACGGUAAGAAAAUUUAAAAACGGUCUGGUCACUAAGGGGUUAAUACUGAAUCCUAAAUGCAAUCGGUUAGUUAUGCUGAAGUAGGCAAAUAAGGAAUAGGAAGUGGCAAACUUAAAAAAAUUUUUGGUUUGUUUAAUUAGUUUUUAUUGUGCAUAAAAAAAUAAAUCAUAAACAUCAAUUGUACAUUUAUCACAUAGACAAACUCAAAUUUAAAAAUCAGUUCUGAAAAAUUAUGUAGUAAGAGCAAUAUUAGAAAAACCAAAUUCAAAAAUUUUCACAUUUUCUGCUUAUCUCAAGUCAGAGUUCAGCUAUUUUCCACAAUUCUCCCAUAAUUCACAGCUUGAUAUGCAAAUGAACACAGAAAGGUAUCACACCUUUUUGUUUCACACUUCCACCUACAUCUUUUUUUUCUCCUACUUUCAAUUUUUUUCAACUUUUUCUCCUGUGCUAACGCCUUUUUUUCUUUUUUGGUUUGUGUGUUUUUUUUCCAUAUUUUUCUUUUUUGCUUUUUGUCACAUUACAAGUUGGGAUUAUAUGCCUAAAAUCACGCAAGAGCCACAUAUAUCGUCUAUCUUACACUUUUCCAUUUGGUGGAUUUUUAUUUUUUUGUUUGUAAGAUUAAAGGGAAUACUAUAGUCACCCAGACCACUUCAGCUCAAUUAAGUGGUCUGGGUGCCAGGUCCCCCAGGUUUUAACCCUUCAGAUAUAAAACAUAGCAGUUUAAUCCAACCUCCAGUGGCUGUCUUCCUGACACCCGCUAGAGGCGCUUCUGUGAUGCUGGAUGCUAAACAUCCAUAUGAAAUCAUUGAGAAAUGCUUUCCUAUGGACUGUUUGAAUGUGCGCGCGGCUCUUGCCGCGCAUGCACAUUCCGCUCCACUCGGGAGCUGACGUCGGCAGGGGAGGAGAGGUCACCAGCGCUGGAUAAAGGUAAGUGGCUGAAGGGGUUUUAACCCCUUCAGCACCAAGGGAGGGGGACCAUGAGGGUGAGGGGGUCUUAAGGAUGAUAUAGUAUCAAGAAAACAAGUGUGUUUUCCUGACACUAUAGUGAUCCUUUCAAUGCAUGCUAUAUACUCGUUGAUAUACAUAUUUUUUGUCUUUUUUUUUUUUUAGUUGUGAGUUAAGAGAUCUAUUUCCUGAGCAGACAGGAUUGUUUUGUUAAGUACUUACAUGUACUUAUAUGUUUUACGUAUGAAUUAGAUUCCUGAGGAGUUUGUAAAAAAAAAAAAAACUUUUGGGCAGUGAUCUUAUUCUUUCUAUGUGAACUAAUUAAAAAAAAUACUUCUUUGCAUACAUAAAUCCAUUUGAGUGCGGUAUCUUUAUUUCUUGUGUUGUAUUUUCUUUAUUGAAAGUCUGAGGGCUAACUCUCUGAUACCAGCACCACUGACUCGAGUGCUACCUUUUUAUUUCAUUUUGCCUAAUUUAUGCAAUGUGUUUUCGGUUCACUGAAUGUCAACACUGACUGUUGUUUCAAAAGAUUCUUGUUACUGUUCCAAUUUUCCAAGUAUCUUUGGGUGUUUCCUUAUAUUUACAUUUUUGUUUACAUUUUUGGCAUCGGCCAUAGGUAAUGGCUGAGACUGACACGGAGGCAGAUCAGGGGCAGAGCCAGCACAAUUCAAACACAGCCCUGGCCAAUCAGCAUCUCCUCUUAGAGAUGAAUUGACUCAGUGAAUCUGUAUGAGGAAAGUUCAGUGUCUGCAUGCAGAGGGUGGAGAUACUGAAUGUUUGGAUGCAUUUUAGGCAGCCAUGACCCAGGAAGGAUCUCUAACAAAUACAAAUCCUUCUGCUCCUUUACCUUUCUGCUAUGUUAUGCUUAUUUUGUGCCCUUCUGCUCCUUUCUCUUUCUGAUCCCUUUCUGCUCCUUGCAGACCAUUUCUGCUCCUUCUCCUACUUCACCUUUGUGCUCCUUCUGAUUCUUUCUGCUCUUUGCAGACCCUUGCUGCCCCUCGUAGACCCUUCCUGCUCCUUGCUGCCCCUUCCUGCCCCUUGUAGACCCUUCCUGCUCCUUGCUGCCCCUUCCUGCUAAUUUCUGCUCCUUCUCCUACUUUACAUUUGUGCUCAUUCUGCCCCUCCCAGCUCAUUGCUGACCCUUUCUGCUCCUUGAUGUCCCUUCCUUCUCAUUUCUGUUCCUUCUCCUACUUUACCUUUGAUGAGAAGGUUCUUCCUGGGAAAAGACUUUGCAUAGCAUGUCUCAAACAAGCAGCCGGAUUCGGAUGUCCUUUCAUAUAUCAGACAGGCUGUCUCGGAAAGGCGUACAACAGGCACAGAAAGCAAGGAAAACGCACAGAUCCUUCAGUCCUGAUUGGACUCAAGAAGUCAGCUCAGAGGAAGAGUUGCCUUGAAUUCUCUUCUCAAGAUGAGGACUCUCAUUUAUCCCCUUCCUUCAUGGAUAACAAAAAGAUAGAAGCCUUGAUCAAAGCUGUCUGGGACACCCUAGAUCUCUGCGAUAAGAUGGAAGAAGAUCCGGCCUUGAACAAACAUUUUCCUGACUUAAAAAAGCAAAACCCCACCUUUCCCCUCCAUGAAGCUAUCUAUGAUUUAAUAAAGGAAGAGUGGAGAAAGACUGAAAAACUGGUCUCUUUUCAAGGUCGUCUUGCAAGACUCUACCCGUUCAGGUCCAGCGACAUUGCCCCAUCGGACAUGGCUCCCAAAGUGAAUGCUGCCAUUGUGCGUCUGGCUAAAAAGACCACCCUUCCAGUGGAUAAUGCAGGGUCUUUAAGAGAGCCCAUGGAUAGAAGAAUGGAUUCUAAUCUAUCCAAGGCAUAUAUUGCAUCUGUCUAUGGGAUCCGUCCAGCUGUGGCUAUUACUUCUGUGUCGAGCCUUGGAACAGUGGUUAGAUGACCUCGAGGAGGAUAUCUCAAGUGGGGUUAGUAGAACCAGGCUUUUGGAUUCCCUAAACAAAUUCAGGCUGGCAAUCGAUAUUUCUUCUGAGGCUUCUAUAGAUCUCGUUAGUUCCAUCUAAAGAGGCAUGGCCUUGUCUGUAUCAUCUAGAAGCCCUCUCUGGCUGUGAAAUUGGAUGGCAGAUACUUCAUCAAAAAAUAGCUUAGAUCUGAACCAAAAGAUCUUAAUUUCCUCCAAGGUGAAGAAAGAACUAGCUUGGUGGAUAAAAAUCAAAAUCUUUUCCUGUUUCCCUCUGGGUCACAUUCCUUGGAUAACAAUUAAAACAGAUGCUUGUCAGACCAGUUGGGGUGCCCACCUGGAUUCUCGUCACAUCCAAGGGCUUUGGAGGCAAAGUCAAUUUCAUCUCCCCUUAAAUGUCCAGGAAAUGAAAGCAGUAUUCCAAGCCCUUCUCCGAUUUCCCUCUCCGAAUCGACAAUGGGUCGAGAUCAGGGUAGACAAUAUUUCGGUAGUGGCUUUUCUCAAUCAUCAAGGGGGGGAAACAAGAAGCAAACAGUUGAUAAGGAUUCUUUCUCCUCUUAUGGCCUGGAGGGAAAAGAACCUGGAAGGCUUGAAGGCAAUUUAUCUACCGGGGGAGAUGAAUCAAAUUGCAGACAUCCUGAGCAGAGUAUCCUUGGAUCCGAAAGAAUGGUUCCUCUCUUCAGAGGUUUUCCAGAGCAUCGUUCGACUUUGGGGACUCCCUCAAGUAGACCUCAUGGCGACUCGCCUGAACAACAAAGUUACAAGCUUCUAUUCGCUGUUCUUCGACCCUUUGGCGGAAGACAGGGAUGCCCUGGGGAUGUCCAGGGAUAUGUGUUUCCCCCAACCCCUCAGAUGUUUCCUCUAUUAAAGAGGAUUCAACUAGAACCAAUCAGGAUAUUGUUCUUCCUGCCUUUUUUUCCAAUCCUUCAACAGAAAUAGAGGAAAAAUGGCAUUGCCUGUAUUUAGUGCGUUUAUCAUCUUACGUUCAAUGUACUUCUGCAAUCAGAAAAUCCUCUAGACUUUUUGUUAUUCCAUCAGGUCACGAGCUGGGACAAGCGGCUUCCAGACAUCUCCAAGGCGUCUGGAGUUCCUAUCCCAUUGGGUCUUCGUGCUCACUCCACUAGAGCUCUAGCCUCCUCUUGGGCAGCUGCAGCUAACGUUUCCCCUGACCGAAUUUGUUCAGCAGCAACCUGGAGGCCCUUUAAUACAUUUAUUCAUCACUACCGGUUGGAUGUUGCCAGACCUUCUAGUUCUGCCUUUGGUAGAAGUAUUCUUUCUUCAGCUUUAUAACAAAAUGUUAUUUUGCAUUCCAUAUUGGCUGGUUUUCUUUUUCCCCUUCCCUUUUGUCUUUAGCUUGGAUAUUACCCAUCUGUAGUGCUGCCAUGGAUAUAUCCGGGAAAUAGAAAAUUAAUUCAUACUUACCGAUAUUUUCUUUUCCUGGAUAUAGGCCAUGGCAGCACCACGAUCCCGCCCUUCUUUUUUGUUUGUGGCUGGGUCUAAGACUGAGGACUUAGGGGAGGGAUCUCUCUUUUAUUUGUUUAAUUAGUUCAUAACAUACAGGGAUAUAAUUUCUAAUUAGUGGGGGAAUAGCUGCUUGAUCCAAGGAGACAUCUGACUGCUAUUUUGGGGUCAAGAAGCAAUUUUUUUUUCCUAGUUUGUGGCAAAAUUUGAAGCGCUUCAGACUGGGUUUUUUGCCUUCUUUUGGAUCAACAGCUAAAACAUAUGUGAGGAAGGCUGAAUUUGAUGGACGCAAGUCUCUUUUCAGCUAUGUAACUAUGUAAACCCUUUAAAAAUCCAAGUGAAACCCAGAGUAUUGCAGCAAUUCAAACCCAUCUGAAUUACAGAUUGCCUUACACAGAAAGUGUAAGGCUAAAACUUUGGUAUGAUUAGGUAUCACUUCCUCAUUCCAAGACUGAAUAAAAAGCAGGUUGCUACACAUCAACUAAACAAACGUCAUGCAUAUACUUUUAACUCCUUAAGGACCAAACUUCUGGAAUAAAAGGGAAUCAUGACAUGUCACGUCAUGUGUCCUUAAGGGCUUAAACAGCCAUGUAAAGAUGACAGGGCUAAACAAAACCUGUACAUUUGGUUUUCAAAUGGUUACUUUGCAUUAUUAAAAUACAGUUCUCAAGGCGUGCACUGUGUAUUGGUGGUGAUUGAUUUGCAGGAGGUUUUUUUUUUUUUGCAUGUCUGCUGGGAAGAUAAGGGUUAACUGAAGUGAGCAGAUCUUUCUGUGCACUGAAUGUAAUGAAUGCUUACCCUUGCAUAUCUGUACAGGGUGUGGAACCCACUAUGUACCUUGGUCAGAGGGAAUGCUUCUAAAGGUGGAAACUUUGGAACAUCUAUUUACAGUAAUGUUUUCUUAUCAGGCAGACUGCAGACCACUGGACAGAGUGCCUUGUGGAAUGCAAAUAUAGCUGCAGCUGGAAACCAAAACAGCCUUUCAGGCUUAGACAGGCCUCGCCCACCACAUCUCAGCAUCAACGGCCCUGUCAUCAGCUAGAGAGUUGCGGGGAGGCGUGAUUUCUGUCCUGUCACAGCAGAUCAUCUCUCCGUGACCGUCAGUAUUCACUCAGUAAGGACUAGGCGGGUAUGCAUGCUUAUCGGUUCAUCCAUCUAUCUCUUUACUUGGGCUAAGAUCUUCCUGUUCUAUGAUCUGAUCCCUGAUAUAACUUUCUACAAGCCAAGGAUCGCUGCAUUCUAAUGGAAUCAACACUGCAGUGUUCUCUAAUAACAUUUCAGGAUUCACCUCCUGUGUCUUGCUUUUACCCUAAAUCCAUGUCAAUUGAUAACCCUCUCCUGUGUUCUCAUUACUAUAUGCUGUAUCACUGUGAUCUCUCCUAGAAUCAAGCUGUAUGACUACUACAUAAUCUUAGUGAUCUCAGAUAUAACCUUGCUGUUUGACUGUUCAACGUAUCUCUCUACUGCUGUCACCUGUUUAGUGAGUCUAAUAUAACCCCGGUGUUCUCUCUUCUGCCUUAACAGAUCGUUUUCUGCUUGCAGGCAGGGGGAGGGUCUCCUUUACUGACUGGUGUUUAGAGGAAAUUUGUCACCCACACAGGAAGCCAUUGGAAGGAGUACAAGACAGAGAAUACUCUUCUAUAUCACUACAAGGUACUGACAUUUUAAACCCAUUGCUUUAUAAUGCUUGUUUAACAUCAAUGAUUAUAUAGUUUGGAGAUUAGAACGAGCAGUGUGACUUUGUAAGGUCAUUUUAUAGCAUGAAUUUUUUUGUACAUGUGAACUUGUUUGUAGUCGAUAAAAAUAUAUAUUUUUUUGUUUAAAGACAAGUCUGACAACACUUAUGGAGUUAACUGGUUGCAAAGCAGCUCAAUGGCAGUUAAGUAGUUAAUACUGCUCAUGGUUUUGUGAUUUGCGGUAAUAAAAAUGACAUUAUUUGCUAACGUGAUCUAAUUUCCUGUCGGGAGAGGGCUUGAGCUCUUAGAGAAUGAGAAUCUGUGUUGUUGUGGUUUGCAAUGAACAGUAGAUGAUGGGAAAAAAAAAACAGAAAAUAAAUGUAAUUCCAAUCCUACCCUGAUGAUACUCAAGGGAUAUGUUUUGCCUUCACUUUACACAUGACGAGUUGCAAGAUUUUGUUUCCUUAAAAUAUACACAAUAGAUCUAUUUUUAAAUUAUGUUUUUGUCUCCCCUUACCACUUUAUGGAUAAGAUUAAACACCGCAUCCUGUUCCUGGCCCUUUGUGCCUUUUUUUUAAAACCUAUUCCGUUACGUAACCCCUGAUUUUUCAACCGAUGGCGAACCCCGCUUUUUGCUAUAUAGGAUAUUUUUAAAAAUGAAGUAGGGGUGUUUUGGAAAGAUGCGUGUGGUGCUGGUGUUUGUGUGUUUAUAGAUAAGUUUUUAAAUUGGUGAGAAAAAGGGUAAUCAGUGAUUACAACAAUGAGAUAUUUAGUGGUCAUAGGUGUUAACACUUCAGUUUUGAGGUGCAGCUCAGUCAGUGCACACCCUGAGGGUUUCAGUGUUGUCAUUAACACAUCCCAUGUCCUAUAUAAAACCCAGUCACAAACUAGUGCACUAUUCGAAUGCCUCUAUGCAGGCGGUUUAAAAUGUUGCCCAAAAAAUGGUCUUAACACUUUCCAAACAAUUGGUUAUCUUUAUUGCCUUAUGUGUACAAAGCAUAGCAUUCUCUCUUUAUAUGAGAUAAGGUGCUAUAAAGUGUUCAUUAAAAACUUAUAAAAGGCCUAUCAAUUUCUAUCUACCCUUGUAUUUAUAGCUGUGUUUUAUAUUUACUCAGAAUCUUCAGUAUUAGGUUUACUCUAGGCUAAAGAUAGCUGCAAUAGUCUUAAUUAUUAAUUGGUGUUUGCCUUUUAAAUGCUCUAACCAAUGCUGUGUGCUGCCAUGUACAUAGUGCAGCUAGCUAACUUUAGUUUUUUUUUUUGUUCUAUUAAUGGGAAUAGUUUAGUUCAGUCAUGUCCAAAGUCCGGCCCACGUUCCGUUUUAAUACGGGUAGUCUGGCUAAUCUACUUGUUGUGGCCCCGAGCGUUGCUCAGGACCCCUGGAAUCUCUGGAUCUUUGAACACCGCGGUCCUGAACAGUGCUCAGGGAUUCACUGGGGGCCAAGAGAUCGCGAGAACGCAGACGGACGUGCAGUGACCUCAGUCUGCGUUCUCGGGAUCUCUUGGACGUCACGGGAUCUCGUGGACGUCAUGAGAUUCUGAGGAUUUGGUUCCUUCUCCCUGCUGGGAUAGAAAAACAAGGGAAGGUACAGAAUAAGGACAUGAUAAAGAGAGAGAAGAGACAGAAUAAAGAGAUGAAAUGAAAAGUAUGCCAUUUGCAAUAAACUUUGCAUAAAAAAUUUAAUUUACAUUAAAUUUUAAUGGUUCAAAGAAUGUCAGGCAAAAUGGUUGGCCCUCACAUAUGUUCACUUAAUCAGAUCUGGCCCUCUUUGAAAAAAGUUUGGACACCCCUGGUUUAGUUGAAUCAGUGGAACUGUUUUUAUGAAAUAAUCGGAUGUAAAUAAAGAAUUAUAAAUAAUAUAGGCAGACUUCUUUACCAGUGUUUGUUGUAUUCUGAAUUGAUCCAGUUACUGCUUUUUUAUAAAUUUUGUAUACUCUUGGGCGCUUUCAGUUGCUGAACAUCAGUAUGUAGAGGUUUUGUGGCAGCCCUGUUUAUAGAACUGUUUUAGUCAGUCCCCUGGAAUAAGGCUGCACAAAAAGUUCCCAUAGAUAAUGUCAGGAUAGUGUCAGGGUAAAAAUUGAAAAAUUCUCCAAGUCAGAUAUUUUUAACAUCAUACAUCUAGGAAUUCACUUUAAUAUCCCAACAGUUUUUACUUGAGUGAAAAACCUCAAAUAUAUGAAGUGUAUUAUAUUAUGUAGCUUGCAGUCAUGAUCACUAUGUAGUAAAUAUGAACUUUGGAAUCACUUUUAAAACACACAUCCGACUCGCUAUAAAAUAGUUUAAAGGGACUUUCCACUGACCCAAAAAAAUAAAUCAAUUAAUUAUGCAUUUUUUUCUUUGGUGUUAUAUCUAAAAACAGCUUGCAAAAGCUGCAGUUCUCUUGUCUGUUGGCUUUGCAAGCCCCCUUCUUCCCCAUCCCGCUUUGUGGGACUUCAAGGCAGGUUCUCUGAGCAAUUGCCUGCCUCUUGAGUUUAGCUCCACUGAGCUAAUAAGAAACCAGGGAAUAAUAUGACUAGUUGUUUGAAGUACAAGGUUACUGUUAGUGUGUGUGCGUUUUUUUUUUUUGUUUUUUUUUGUUUGUUUUUUUGUUAGUUAGUUAUAGAAUAAGAGAGGGGAGCAGGUUUUAUUUUUUGUUAUUUUUUUUUUUUUGUGGCCAGGGAUGAGGCAUUGAGCAUUCCCUGGUGGUCCUGUAGAGGUACUCGAGCCUUCACUCAGCAGAGGUGAAGGCUUUCAUGCGAACCCCAGCACUGUGUGGUGUCAGAGCAUUGCCUUAUUAACCUGGGGCUCGCAAAAAUUAGAGGACCUGCCUCUGAAGGGGAAGUCAGAAGGCUUACUGCAUCCCACUUGCUGCGUAAACCUUCCAAUGCACGGGGAGGGAGAUCUUUGAUCUCCUAAGUUGGAGAGCAUUGAGCAGUGACCCUGCAGGGGCAUGAUCUGUACACCAAAGCUGUUUUAUAAAGCUAAAAUUGUUUUGGUGCCCUUUAAAACAGUAUCAGGAAUUAUUAGGAAUUCAAACUGAAUAUCAACUAACGUUUGCAGUAGCUGACCUUUUCCAGUUUUUCAAGUAUUUUGGCCAAAAAUGGUUACUUCAACCAACAAUAACAAAAAACAGAGUGUUAAUAAAAUACUAUUUUGGUUAGAGUAUCUCUUCCUAUCAUGGUCCCUCCCCCUCCCCCCCAGCCUAGUGAUAACUUCACUGGCCACUCCUCAGAUGGCUACUAGAGGUGCUUCCUCGGGCAGUGCUGCACAUUCAGUGUCUCCACCCUCUGCAUGCAGACACUAUAUACGUUCCUCAUGCAUAUGCAUUGAUGUUGAUUGGCCAAGGCUGUUUUUGACUUGUGCUGCCUCCUUGACGGUCUCAGACAAUCCUAUGGGGAAGCAUCGUGAUUGGCUCAGACCACCAUUUCUGAUGAUGUCAGAGGCAGAUUGAGCAGCUGCAGACUUGAAUACAAGUAAGAUUUUACUAUAUUUAGGGAGGCGGGGGAGGGGGGUUAGAUGCUAGUUUUUUAUCACUAUAGGGUCAGGAAUACAUGUUUGUGUUCCUGAAACAAUAGUGUUCCCUUAACUUACUUGCAUUUUGACUAUCAUAAGAUACAGAGUCCAUUUUAUUCUCUACAUGCAAUGAUACAUUACAUCUUUGCAUGACAAAAACUCUUUAAAGGGACACUCCCAUAACAACUUCAAGGAACACACUGACAUCAAUACUGAUGAUCUCAGCCAAUCCACUCCAUUCCCAGAGGGAAGCAUUAGGGGGGGUUGGCUAGUGCGCAUUCUGUCACACUGCCAAUCAGCAUCUUAGAUGCAUUGACUUAAUAGGGAGCGUUCAGCAGAGAUACCAAACGUAAAUUCUCAAAGGUUGCAGAUCGGACAAGGAAGCCACACUAGUGGCUAUCUGAGUGACAACCACUAGAGGUGGCAUUGGGCAGCAAUGUUAACACUGCCUUUUCUCAGUCAGUAAAGUACAUUAAGCUGUAGUUCUAUUGGUGCUCAGUGUUCCUUUAACACCUUAAGGACCAAACUUCUGGAAUAAAAGGGGAAUCAUGACAUGUCACACAUGUCAUGUGCCCUUAAAGGGUUAAGUUUUAUGGGGAUAAGAAUGUCCAUGGAACUUUCUAAUGUUCAGCGGUUAAACCGUUUGGCAACAUUUUAACCCCAAAGUCAUGGCUCAAGUGCUUUUGCAUCCCAGCUUCCAUUCCUCUCACCAGUGCGGUACGAAAAAGGGUUAUCUGGGCAGCCACAAAUAAGUAAAGACAAAGGCCUCUGCGCAGGCCGAAACGCUGAUGCUUUUUCUGUUCUAAUAAAGCUGCCAUCUGUGAUAUCCGCAGUGCCUGAACCUGAUUUAUUUUUGUCUACUGAUAAGCUAAGAGCAUCAGCUGACAAUGAUCUCCCAUUGAUAGGAUGAGAGUGUAUGCUGAUGCUCUGUCUAUCACUGCCACCCGAGUAACCCUUCCACAUACUGCUCUGCAGAGAGGAAUGGGAACCCAAAAGCUGAAGCCCCAACUUUAGCGUUAAAAUUAUGCCAAAAAGUUUAACCACUGAAAGCAAGAAUAUGCUAGACUCCUGCCCCAUAACAGUUUAUUUAAAUGGAAAAAAACUACAGCUUAAUGUAGUGUCUGUAGCAUGUCCCUGCAGUGUAAACACUGCCUUUUCAGACGGCCAAUAGAGGUGCUUCCUAUUUCAGUGCAGCACCUGCAUUCAGCAUCUCCAUGCUCUGCAUGCAGACGCUGAACGUGAUCCAUUGAUUCAGUGAUUGUCAUGGUGUGGCGCAGAGUUUUCCUAAAUAAUAGGUUUAAAGCUAUAGUGUCAGGAAUACAGGUCUGUGUUCCUGACAUUAUAGUGUUCAUUCAAUAAACUUAAGUUAAGGGGGUAAGAGUGUUUCUUUAGGUAUUUUCAUUAAGCUUCAGAAGUAGCACAUACCUCCCAGGUGUUCUUGAUAUGAUAGGACAGUUCUAUGUUCUGCUGCCCUGUUAAUUGUCUGGUAACCAUCACCCAGUACAGCUUCCAAGAUUACAAAAUAAUAUGUCUUUAAAUACACACGAGCACAUACAUGGCUAUACCAUAUACCCCAGAGAUAGAAGAUAACUUUAUUUAACAUAAUUUAAGGAUUACAUGGGGUGGUGUGUAGCUCUAUAACAUGGCUGUAUAAUAGCAUAUACAAACAUGGCAGUGAGCCCUGUGCUCAAGCUUCCACUAGUUUUAGGUAGCAGCAAAAGCUACAGUAUUCAUUAUAUUCAAUAUAUAUAGAAAACCAAAAAGUGAUUACCUGCUCACUAUCCCAAAUCCCUAUGCUCAUUUAAAUAGCAGAGAUUUUUAGUACCACUGCAGUGGUCAUUAAGUGUAAGCUCACCUGCCAGCCUUUUAGCUGAAACUAGCAAAGUGAACACCAGUUUGCCUUUGCGUGUUUUAUUUUAUCAAAAAUAAAUCGAUUUCUACCAAUCCAUGGAGAAAUUCAAUCAUACUAGAGAAACCAAUAGAAUGUUUGUUUAUUUCGAUUGCUUCACAUGUAGCAUAUCGCAGCAGAAUUGUUCGAGCUCUGUAUUGCUAAAUAUGGCUUUUAGUCUUUUAUUGUUUGUUUUUUAUUUACUUGGGACUUUUAUUUUUAGUAUUGUAAUAGCAGUUUUGGAACUACAGAGAUGUGCUUUUGGAUGCCUUUCUAUGUAAUUAUGUUGAUUCCACAACAGAGCAUGUGUCUUGGGAGUUCAGCAUGAAAUUCUGUAUUUAGAUGUGGCUAACUGUCCUGACUAAGCCAAUGCUUUACUUUAAAUGAAAAGGUUUUGCUGGUUAUUUUUGGGACAUAUUCUCCAUCUGGUAUGAAUUGCUACAUGUUCUUUACUUUGAGUGAAAAAACAUUACUUGUAAUUUUAAUUCUCAUAAUGCAUAAUUUUCACUGAAGCAUGAUUAAGAUUUGCUUCAUGUAUCUAUGAAGAGCAAAUAGUGUACUACACAUUUUAAAAUGUCUUUGCAUCUAUCAAUAAGCAGAUCCAUUCAAUUGUGAUGGACAUGCAGUAGUUAAUGCCUCUAUCAGAAUUUGAAUACUGCUUAUAGAUUGAGAUUGCCAGAUAUUUACAUAUUGGUCUACAGUUGUACAAUAUUUUUUGUGGAAUCCAAUAUACAGAAAAUGCAUUAUCAUAAGUAUUCCAACUUUCCGCUAUAAUUGUAGAUUAUGCUAACUUUAGUGUACCGAUAAUCUUAAUUUUAUUAAUGACAGGAGGCGAGUAUUUGCUUAAGUCUUUCUUUACUUAAGCUUCACAGCAGCACUUUUUUACUUAGUAACAGGGUAACCAAUCAGAAAAAGAGAUAACAAGGUAUAAGAGUCCCUCCCUGUGAUGUCACUUCCUCUUUCUGGCUGCGAACAAAUAGGAACAGGAACUGCAACUGAACCGGAUGAGGAAUUCAGGAUGCCAGAUGAGAAAGCAAAUGCUAGAGAGGGAACAGGAACGUAAGCAUUCUUAGUCUUCUUAGAGAGCUGAGGUGAUGCUUGAGAUGGAACGGCAACUGAACUUGUCUUCAUGAGGGGUUUUAUGCUGAAACGAGAAAGCAGAGUCGAAACCAAGGAUUAAUCCGAGAAUUGGACUUAUAAAAUAUGACAUUCGGUAUUUAGAAAAUCCUACGAAGUGUAAACUAUCAACCCUUAGCCCCCCCACGGUAGAGGUACAUAGAGUAUGUAUUUAGUCUAGAUUAACUUACCUAGAUAGGUGACCUUAGGGGGGGAAAAAGAACGAGAGUGAAGGGUGGGAAAUACUCGCCUCCUGUCAUUAAUAAAAUUAAGAUUAUCGGUACACUAAAGUUAGCAUAAUCUACAAUUUUGUAACAUGACAGGAGGCUUCGUAUUUGCUGUUUUAACGCUCCCCAAGAAGGGCUAAGGAAGCGUGCACAGCCGGACGAAAAUAGAAGUUGCGGAAAGUCUGUUCCCGGGACCAGUCUGCUGAGUGGAGAAUGUCCCGAAGUGAGGCUCCAGCGCUGAAAGCUCCCGAUGCCACCGCUCCCCUGAUGGAGUGGGCUCCGAAGGAGGCCUCAAUCCCAGCAAGGGAGAGUAACCACCUAACCCAUCGGGCAAGGGUUAUGGUUGACACCGGAUUAUGUGGUCGGACGUAGGAGAUCAAUAGUUGGCUGGAGGAGGUUGAACGAAGAGAGGAGGUGAGUAGUAAAUAACGAGAGAGAAGUGAUACCACACACAAUUUUGGAUGGUUAGGGAAAUAAGGGUAAAACACCGAAGAAGAGUUUGAUUUUGUCCGUCUGGACACGGAAAAGGUGACACCUUCGGGGGAAAAAUUGAUAGCGUCAUGGUCAAAUGCUCGAACAUCCGACACUCGUCGGAAGGAUACUAAGCAGAGUAGCAGGGUGAAUUUUGCAGAGAGUUGACGGAGGGUUAGAUCUUCGUUGUUCGGCCAGGUUUCAAGGAAACGAAUCAUGACAUUAACAUCCCAUAGAUGGGAGUAUUUUGGUGUUGGGGGGCGAGCCAGUUUGAUGCCCCUCAAUAGUCUGCAAACCAGCGGGUCCUGGCCCGCUGGAAUUCCGUGUAGAGGGACAUGGGCUGCCGAGAUUGCUGACCGGGCCACGUUGAUGGACCGGUAUGUACGGCCUAAGUCGAAUAGGUGCGAGAGAAAAUUCAGUAUGAACUGUCUAGGGGCUGUAAGGGGAUCGGUAUUCCGUUCCAUGCACCAAUUGCACCAAGUAUUCCAGGAAGAAAGGUAGCAUCUUCUGGUUCCAGGAGCCCAGGAAUCCCAGAGAAGUUCUUUAGAUCUCUGCGAUAAUUCUCCGAAAUUCCAGGAUCCCCUGAAAGAGUCCAAGCCACUAAUUGGAGAUGACCUUGGAUUAUCAUCGGAUGAGGGUUUCCUUGAGGGUCCUCUAACAGGUUGGGCCAUAGAGGUAGAAGGAGGGGAUGUUGGCAGGAGAGGUCCAGAAGAUCUGGGAACCAUGCUUGGCCCUGCCAGAGUGGGGUGAGUAGUAUCAGUGUGACCUGUUGUCUGCGAAUCUGAAGAAGGGUUCUUGGGAUCAUCGCAAACGGAGGGAAGGCGUAGGCUCCCGUCGUCGGCCAUUUCUGAAGAAAGGCAUCUACUGCCGAACAUUCCGGGUCUGGUAGCCAGCUGAAGAAGUGUGGGACUUGAAAAUUCGUCCGGGAGGCGAAAAGGUCCAGAGUAAACGGGCCCCUGAGUUUGGAGACGUGGAGGAAGACUGACCUGUGUAAGCGCCAGUCGCUGCCGUCUCUCCAAUGUCGGGAGAACCAAUCCGCGGUGGUGUUCGUCUCCCCCGGGAGGUAUUCUGCCCGGAGUGUUAUGUUGCGCUGGAAGCAAAAAUUGUAGAUGUCCUUUGUCACCUCGGACAGGGUGUGAGAUCUGGCCCCGCCCAAUUUGUUGAUGUAUUGAACGGCCGAGAUAUUGUUCAUUCGGAGGAGAAUACAACAGUCUGAGAGGUGAUUGGCCAGACUGCGGAUUGCAAACGAUCCUGCGAUUAAUUCCAGACAGUUGAUGUGGAGAGAGUGUUCUGCAUCGGUCCAUGGUCCCCCGGUGGAAGCUGUAUGACAAGUUGCGCCCCAGCCUUGGAGGCUCGCGUCUGAUUCCACCACAAAGUCCAGAGUGGGACCAAAAAUUGCUUUGCCGUUCCAGGCAGACAUGUGGCGAAGCCACCAGUAGAGUUCCUCCCUCACCUCGGUGGUGAUCGGGACCCUUUGGUCGUAUGAUGGAUGGGUCUGGAGGAAUUGAGCCUUCAAGCGUUGCAUGGCCCGAUAAUGGAGGGGACCUGGGUAGAUUGCUUGAAUGGAGGCAGAAAGCAGGCCUAUAAUCCGAGCCAAACCUCGGAGAGGUAGAUCCACUUGACGAAGCGUCUUGCGCAGUUCCUUCCUGAUCGCGGUUAACUUGGAUUGAGGCAGGCGGAGAACACAGGUGGAGGAGUCGAUCUCGAAGCCGAGAAACUGUAUGAUUUGGGAUGGAGUCAGCGAGGAUUUGUCCUUGUUGAUGACGAAUCCCAAGGAUUCUAUCAAUGAGGAUGUGUAGUUCGUCUGUGAUUGCAGCCUGGAGGUGUCGUCGCAGAGUAGUAAGAGGUCGUCGAGGUAGAUUAAGCAGCGAAAACCCCUUGCUCGAAGAUGUGCGGUGACUGGCUUGAGCAGUUUGGUGAAGCACCAGGGAGCGGAACUCAGGCCGAAUGGAAGGCAGGUGAAUUGGAAGAUCCGGUGGUGCCAGGGGAAGCGGAGGAAACGUCGACUGGAUGGAUGUACUGGCACGGAGAGGUAAGCAUCCUUGAGGUCCAGUCGGGUGAACCAAUCGCCUGGUCGGAGAAUGUCUCUGAGGAGAUGUAUCCCUUCCAUUUUGAAAUGCCGGUAUAUCACGAAGGUAUUCAAUUGGCGAAGGUUGAUUACCGGGCGGAAUUCUCCCGAUUUCUUUUUGACCAGGAAUAUGGAACUUAGAAAGCCUUCGUCGUGUGGAGCGGGUUGAAUCGCUCCUUUUGUUAGCAAGGAACGUAGUUCUGAAUCGAGGAGGAGCCAUUGAGAUUUUGACAUUAUCGGGUAAUGGGGAGGACCUGUUUGAGUAGGGAGAGAAUAAAACUCUAUGAAAUAACCCUGAACCGUGUUUAGAACCCAUGUAUCUGAAGACAGCGUCUUCCACAUAUCCACACAAUGUAACAACCUGCCCGCAUGAGAAACCGUAGAGAGGUGAAAAGUAGGAAAUCUCACCUGUUGGGUAUCUGUAGCGUCCACGGGCUCUACCUCCUCUUCCCCUAUCUGACCUUUGGGUGUAGAAACCUCUAGAUUGAUAGUUGGGGAAGAAUGGUGAAGUGGGGGUUCGUUGGCGUUGGCUUGUAGGCCAGAAGCGGCUGACUGUACGACCCCUUGGACGGCCAGCCCUGCCAAAAACCCGAGAGGGUUGUUGGUGGAAUACUCUUCUCAUGGAUGAUUGCGCCUUGUUCAGGGUGGCGUAUAGAUUUACAUGCUUGUGUAAUUCUUUAAUAUAGGGUUCUCCAAAUAAUAGACCCUUGGCCUUGGGGCCCAACUCUUUGGUCCCCAGGUCGGCUAGUUUGGCAUCCAUACGCAGCAGCACUGCUUUUCUACGCUCGGUAGAGAGGGAUGUAUUUGCAUUGCCCAGCAGGCAAAUGGAGCGUAGUGCCCAUUCUCUGAUCACAGAUGGGUCUAAAGGGCCCUCGUUAGUGAGGGCUUCAUCAGCCAGUAGAAGGAUUCUUGCCAAGGGCCCUAGGACAUCCAACAUCUUGUCCUGGGUGAGGCGUAGGCUGCGUUCAAUGCCCUUUUUAGGGUCACGGCCAGAUCUGGCUAAAUAUGUGUAGAGCAGGGAAUCAAACUCUGGGGUCAUAGCGACCUUGUCCGGUAAGGUGGGUCUAGGGCAUUCAGCUCUUAGGCGUUUGCGGACCUCCCGGUCUAGGGGUCUCCUUAUCCAGAAAUGGAUAUAUUGUGAAAGGUGAUUUGGGAGUGACCAUUCUGAAGAUCGAGGAUAUCUGAUCUGUCAUGGGUCAAAUAGGGGUUCACCAAGCGUAUCCAGAAAGGUUUCGGGAACUGAAUCCUCCGUAGUGGGGUCUCCCGUGAUAUCUUGAGGGAGAGGUGCUUUUCUAAAAGAUGCCUCAGGCCAGUCUUCUUCGUCUUCUGAAGAGUGGCCAGCUUGCCAUUCAUCUAGAAUGGCCAAUGGGUGUGAGUCGAAAGAGUCGUCUUCCUCCUUCGACAAGGUAGGCUGUAUGGAAUGUUUUUCCUUGGCGUCCGCUUGUUUUGGGCGUUUUGCCGGUUCUUUCCCUUUGCGUUUGAGUGAUUCUGGCCCAUCCCCUUUCCAAUAUCGUUUAUUGAGUUUGGAAGGGUUCCUUCUAGUAGAAUCGGAAUCAUCCGCCUCUUCAUCAGAGUGCGGGGGCUCAGAAAUUUUGGUAUCUUUGGGCUCAAUGGGCAGCACCCGAGCCAGGGUCUUUUCUAGUGAAGCGGCAACAGCCGCGUUUAUAAUCGCUUGCAGAUUUUGGUCUUGGUUUGAAGCCUCCAUAGUAACAGUUGUUGGUACCUAUGGGGCAGAAUAGGCCAGCAUUAGAAUGUAUUUUAGGGCCGUCUUGUAUAUCAAAAGAUAUUUAAUUUCAACAGUGCAAGCUGUUAUGGGGGUCACCCAGAAACAAUAACCUCAGAGAGUGCUUAUUUAACUCGUGUAGAGGUAUGGUGGCACAGACAAAGCGGGCCAGUCAUGGGCUGUAUGGUAUAACAGCAAUCAUAAAAUACAUAGGGAUUUACCCUAGAAAAAUCACAAUAUGAAUGUGAUAAAUAUUUAUCUGUCUGGUAUUGGGGGUUGCUCCCAACAUAAAAGUAAUGAAUAGUUUAAUAUACAUUCAUAAUAUUAUUGGUAAUGUAGUACCUUUAAUUCACCACCAGGGGGAGUAGUGUAAGCGAAAAUUCUCCUGAACUGAAUUACAGAGAGAAGUAUCUCUGUGAAACACAAAUUCUGCUCUGUGGGAAAUAUUGUCUGAGAAACAUAAGUGAGUGAACUUAUAUAUGUGUAAUUUGUAAGAUUUUGUACUGCCGAUUAACAAUUAAAAUGGCCGCCGUGCGGCUAGAAUGGUCGCCGAUCGCGGCUCCAACAAAAUGGCCGCCGCGAUCUCGCGCAUGCGCACAAGGUGCAAACGGCCGUUCGGAUCUCGCGGCGAUGCGCGAGAUCCAAGAUGGCCGCAGUGCGCACUCAGGGCCGAUGGAGGCGUACUCCACAGCCCAAAAGCCCGGGAAAAACGGGGCAAAAUAUGCCGACCGCAACCCGGGCCAAUAAAGUCAGAGACACGAUAAAAAUGUAUAGAAAAACGAAACAGAACAAAAGGGACAGUACAAAAGAUACAACGGAGAAAAAUAGGCAGUAAUAGAGAGUAAGUUAAGAGAGAACUUUUGAAAGAUAGCUAAGGUGGGACAAACACCUCAGAAAUAGGAAAAUAAGUAUAUAGCUAGAGUAUGGGAAACAUAGCUGAGAAAAAUAAGGAUUAAAUAAAAAGUUAGAAUAAACAGGAUAGUGAAUAACCCACAGAAAGUAAGAGGCAGUGGCACUCUGACCUGUACUGGUGUGAAGCAGCAAAGAAAGAGGAAGUGACAUCACAGGGAGGGACUCUUAUACCUUGUUAUCUCUUUUUCUGAUUGGUUACCCUGUUACUAAGUAAAAAAGUGCUGCUGUGAAGCUUAAGUAAAGAAAGACUUAAGCAAAUACGAAGCCUCCUGUCAUGUUAUAAAAUCAUCAAUAAACAUAAUAAGUGUAUACUUUCCACUUAAUCAUUGUUGGUAUUUUAAAGGGACAUCGUCUCAAGAACCACUACAACUUAAUUUAGUGAUUCUGGUGCAAAGAGUCUGCCAUACAGUCAGACAAUUGCAAACAUUACAAUUUCAUAAUAAAGGCUGUGUUUACAUUUGUCCCUACAGACAUCUCUAGUGGCUGUCACUCUGACAGUCACUAGAGAUGCUUCCUGUUGCAGUCCUGCGAUCUUUGCAGGACCGAUAUUUGACAUCUUCAGAUGCUAAACACUAACCAAAGAGAUGCAUUGGUCAAGAUCAGAAAUGCUGAAUAGAACAGCUUAGCCAUUGCUACUCAUGCGCAGUAGUUCCCCAGUGUUUCCUUAUGGGGGAAGCAUUGAAUAGGCUUAAAACAGCGACGUUGAACAGCUUGCACGCACAUGUCUCUCUGUUGGCACACAAGUCAUAAGUGAUAGGUGUACCCAUGGGGUUUUAUGCGAACUAGAUCAAAAGCCUCUCCUGACUGGCUCUGCAUCCCUUACCUUGGAUUUGUCAUAGGCCCAGGCAGAUCUCACCAACAGCCAAUCGGUGAUGUCAAAUCUUCACUCAAACAGGCAUAUCUAGUGGGUUGCACAAGGUCAGAACUAGCUAAACCUUUCCUCUUCCUUCCCCCAUUUCUACUAAGUGAAACAGCUACCCAUCUAGGUGCCUGUUCACCAGCUGUCUUAUCUUUUCACAUUCCAUUAGAGAACUCCACUACACUCUGCUCAUUAUCAAGCCAUUGAAAAAAUAAGUGCAGAGUCCUCUGACAAUGGGAAAAGUCUAGUAAAGGUGUCUGCCAAAAUUAAUCUAUAUUUCAGUUGAAGACCUAGUAUUGUUUUUUUUUUGUGUUGCUAAGCUAAUGCUAUACACAUUAUUUUGAUCCCUUUCCAAAAAUUGUCGUUAACUACAUAAAUCUGUAAACUCAGAGAUUUGGGCGCUCCCUGGGCGGUUGGCUUUAGUUACAAAAGCAUUAUGCUAAUAUACAGACAGCCCAGGCUUGCAGAUGCAUAAGGAAGCUAUAUGAGAAAUGUAAAAAAAAAAAGCUCACAUGGUAUGAGAAAUGUUGGCCGCAAUGGUUAGAGUAGAUCUAAGGUCUCGAAAAAUCAGAAGGAAAUGUUUUGGGGGUUUUCCCCAGUCCCAAACUAUUUUAUUCCCUUGAACAUGAUCAAAAAAGCUUACUAUUUUUCUUUCUCAGAUAAUAAAUGAGGAGCACAACCAUAUAAAUAAAAAGCACUUUAUUAAUUGGGUCCAAAAAGCAGGUAUCCCAAGAUGCAUUCCAAAAAAACCUUAGCAUUCAUGUCACAAUACUCAUACAAACAAUAUACACAAUGUACUACAAUCACAAAUAUGCAUGGUAAACGGCUAGAAAUAACAAUAGUACUAUUGCAGAUACAGAAUCCUAUAGAUACCUGAAAAAGAACUGCCCAGCAAAUCAUGCAUACCAUGAAAAUGAACCCGAAAUAGUGAGAAGAGGGAGAAAAAAAAUAAAAAAUGCCCCCAACGUUUCGUCAGAAUUGCCUUUAUCAAGGGGAGCAUCCCUUUACUUAUAUUUUCUUAUGGCAUUUGCUCAUAUAUUCUUUUUUGCUCAUGUAUUAUUUUUGUUUGCUUAUAUAUUAUGGCAUUUGACUAAGUGUGCCUACAUUUUCUAUUUCAAAUUAUUAUUCUUUCUCAAACAUAACACAUUUUUCAAAAAAAGUGUUUUAAACAUUGUAAGCAUUUUGACUGAGUGAUGGAGCUAAUCUGUAGACGACUCUGAUAACUAUCCUGUUUAUGCACAAGGCAAACCUUAUAAGUUCAUACUGCUUUAGAUCAUGCUGGGUGUUGUUUGAAAUAUUUAAACUGUCUGGAUUGAAAUCCACUUUUAUACUGCUAGCACACCAUUGACCUUUAAAGCUGUAAAGCUCUAAUAGUCUGUCAGAUCAAAGCUAUAGCUUUCAUAUUUAGAGCAUUACUACCACACAUAGUUUUUGAAUCCAAUCCCUGUCAAAACGUGUCAUUUUUAUAACAAUUUCCUCCUUUUGGUUACUUUUUUAAAACUAAUUUAUCAAGAUAAUUAUUGGGGGUUUUUUGGUUUUUUUUUUUAAUGGGUUAAAUGUUUUAUAGUAGGGAAACCUGUUGGAUUGAGACCUGUAGAUUCACCACAAUAAGAUUGUAAAUUACGACUGUCCACUUUGUAUAAUUUUAUAAAUCAAGUUUACUUAUAUGUAUACUUAGGGUUACUCCAAAAGUAAUCCUUGCUGGCAUGGUUCCUUCCACACCCAGGAACCAUGCCAGCUAGAGAAGCACUGGAGACACAGGGCACAUGUGCAGCAAUUGCCACACAGAAAAACACUGAAUACGGUGCUUCUCAUGGUCAGAUUUACAUCAUAAGCACCUGUAGGCACAGAAUUCUCAAGCACCACAAUCCCCUCACCCUUUCAAACAAAAAACCUGUAUUGUUUAAAUAUAAUUAAUUUUGUUGUAUACAAAGUGUCUGUGUACAAAUAUGUGUGUGAAGUGUGUGCACAUGUGUAGCGUUGUUUGCUUAUAUCACAGUGCAUUUUAUUGUGAGUGUGUGUUUUGUAAAAGCAUUGCUAGCGGCAUGUUUAGUAGUGCCAGUGUGGGUAGCAGUAUGUGGGUGUUUGUAAAACAGUGUAGGUGUGUGUGUGUCUGUCCGUCCUGCGUGGUAGCAUGUGUGUACCUGUCUAGGAUUUCCAGUCUGGUCCCUUCUCCUGGUCAGUCCUCUUACCGCUUCCUCCAGGAGAUCAGUCUGAGGGGGUUGUUUAGGGUUUUUUUGCCUUCUUUUGGGUCAACAGUAAAAGCAGAUGUUAGAAUGGUGACCUUGAUGGACACUCUCUUUUCAGCCUACAUAACUAUUUAAUAGCAUUGCUAUUUGUAUACAUUCAGAGCCUUUCAAAUAUGAAAAAUAUUAGCUGUCAACAUAAAAAAAAAUUUUCACAUGAGAAUUUAAAUUUGACAUUGUGUCCUUUUCAGAAAUGUAUGCAACAGAUGUUUGGCUCCUAGAUUUUAUUAAUAUCAGUAGGAUUAGUUUUGAAUAAAUGUCAAUUACUUUCAGCAUUUAUAUUCCUUUUAAGAUAAAACACUUCAAAGCUGCUCUAGAACUCCCCCCAAAAUAGUAUCAUCAAAAUGUUGUAGAUUGUCAUCCCAAAAAUUGACAAUUGUUUUCUAAAAUACUGAAUAAAUAUGGUACAGAAAGAGUGACACCUCUGUUGUAAGACAUUAUUUCUUAUAUGCUCCAGAGUAUAAUGCUUAAAGGGACACUAUAGUCACCAGAACAACUUAUUUUAUAUGUUCUGGUGAGUAUAAUCAUUGCCUUCAGGCUUUUUGCAUUAAACAUUGUAUUUUCAGAGAAAAGGCAGUGUUUACAUUACAGCCUAGUGAUAACUCCACUGGCCACUCCUCAGAUGGCUACUAGAGGUGCUUCCUGGGGCAGUGCUGAUAUUAAGUGUCUCCACCCUCUGCAUGGAGACACUGCAUUUUCCUCAAAUGCCCAUUAAAAUAUUAAUUUGAGAAAAUUCUGUGAUAUUUAUAGUUUAGUUGACAAGCCUAAAAAGCACAAAACAGACAGAAAAGGGCUUCUAUGGUUAAGUAAGUCUUGCAGACAAAAUACAAAUAUAGUUAAUAAAAACCAAGAUAAGAUAUUGAUACCUUAUAUACUCAAGUAUAAUCCGACCCGAAUAUAAGCCAAGGCACCUAAUUUUACCACAAAAACACUGGAAAAACUUAUUGACUCGAGUAUAAGCCUAGGGUGGGAAAUGCAGCAGCUACUGGUAAAUGUAAAAAAUAAAAAUGCUACGUUGAUUCUGGUUUGAGAAUAGGCAAGUUCCUAUUUAAAUCAAAUUGCAAAUGUACUCAUUUGGAAAAAGCUUUCAUGCUGUUUGGAAAGCUUUCAUGCUGUUACAUGUAUUAUUAAAGGUUGCCUAGAGAGGAUGAAUACAGUUUUACCUGUUUAUGGUUGUAAGGUAAAUGACAGCUGAAAUUUUUGCCUUUAACCCAAUCCCAUGAAUAUUGUCGGGUUCUAAUUGCAGAUCUCUAAGGUGUGAGAGAGAUUGUUUGUUUCUAUUGGAGGAGACAAUACUUUGCACAGAGAUCAUGCAGUGUCUACCAAGUAAUAUGUGAUUCAGCUAAAACAAGGGUUUCUGCAUCUGGCAUGUUUAUCAAGCAUGACCUGCACUGCAGGCUCUGGAAGGGGGAAAGGGGUUAAAUCUUACCUUUUUCCAGCGCUAGGUGGAGAGCUCUCCUCCUCCGAUCCUCCUCCUCUCCUCCCCCUCUCCUCCCCGUCAGCUGAAUGCGCACGCGCGGCAAGAGCUGCGCGCGCAUUCAGCCGGUCACAUAGGAAAGCAUUCAUAAUGCUUUCCUAUGGACGCUUGCGUACUCUCACUGUGAAAAUCACAGUGAGAAGCACGCAAGCGCCUCUAGCGGCUGUCAAUAAGACAGCCGCUAGAGGAAAUAGGGGAAGGCUUAACCCAUUCAUAAACAUAGCAGUUUCUCUGAAACUGCUAUGUUUAUGAAAAAAUGGGUUAACCCUAGCUGGACCUGGCACCCAGACCACUUCAUUAAGCUGAAGUGGUCUGGGUGCCUAGAGUGGUCCUUUAAAGCCUGUUGUUAAAGGACCACUAUAGUGCCAGGAGUACUUGUUUUCCGGGCACUAUAGUGCCCUGAGGGUGCCCCCACCCUCAGGGUCCCCCUCCCGCCUGGCCCUGGGGAGAGGAAAGGGGUUAAAACGUACCUUUUUCCAGCGCUGGGCGGGAGCUCUCCUCCUCCGAUCCUCCUCCUGGGCUGAAUGCGCACGCGCGGCAAGAGCUGCGCGCGCAUUCAGCCGGUCACAUAGGAAAGCAUUCAUAAUGCUUUCCUAUGGACGCUAGUGCCUCUAGUGGCUAUCAAUGAGACAGCCACUAGAGGAUUAGGGGGAAGGCUUAACCCAUUGAUAAACAUAGCAGUUUCAGAGAAACUGCUGUUUAUGAAAAAAUGAGUUAACCCUAGCUGGACCAGGCACCCAGACCACCUCAUUAAGCUGAAGUGGUCUGGGUGCCUAGAGUGGUCCUUUAACGUGUAUAAAACCAAACUGUCUGUACCGGUAGUAUCCAAGGUAUAUCAAGCAUGAAUAUUUAAUAAGGGUAAACAAGAUUAUCUGACAACUAAAACACUAACUUUCCAAUUAGCCACCCAAACACAGAGUUAUUCAUUAAAGUGAAAAUUGUCAGUAAUUCAAAAUGAAUUUAAAAUUAAAGGACAAAAUAGGCAAACAGGAAAACAUCUCCAAUUAAUGCUGCUGUUUUGGCUACUUCUCCUAUAUGUAAAUCUGGACAGGUAAGCGGAGUUUGGUGGGAAGCGUCACCAUGUCACUACCAAUGCCCAUCAUGGAUCGGGGCGUUCGGGAGAGGAGGUGUCUUAAAAGGGGUCCGCCCUCCACCUGACAAGCAUCCUAGAUGGCCCGCAGCUAUCAGGACCAUACAGGAAACGCUCCCUUCAUUGUUCUAGUGCCUGCUGCACAGCGUGAACACAAAUAAUGAUACACUCACACUGUGCUGACCAGGGACAGUUUCCUAAAUUCUCCAGAUGCGGGACACCACCCCAAAAUCGCUACUGUCUCAACAAAGUCAGGACAGUUAGGAGGCAUGCUUUAGUGCUGAACAGGUAGCUUAUAUUUUCGGUAACACUGUGAACUCAUAAACUCUGCAGCCAACAAUAGAAUUGAUCUGUAGGCAUAACAAGUUAAUGUGUUACUGAAAUGGAAUGGUCUGUACAUGUUCUCAAGAGAAUGUUAGACUGACCUGCGAUACGGUUGUUAUUUUUCAAGUACCCGCCGACAGCCUUGGUGAUGAUGAUUGUAAAGGGAAUUUUUGGAUGGCUAAUAAAAAAGAAUCAAGUUUUUAGUACAAGUGAGAUGCUCAAAGAAAGUAAAAAUAUCUUUCCUGGUUUUCUUUCCCCUCGCGAUUUUUUUUUUAACAUGUAGUGGUUGUAUAGCAGUCACAAAAUGGGCCAGACAAAACAAGUUUAGAGGCUUUAGGAUUGUAUUUAUUUGUUUAUUCAUUGAGACAUACAGGGUCAGUUCUCAAUAUUUUCUGCCUCAACACAUAGUAUAAUGUAUAAUAAAAUGAACAUGUAAUCUUGGAGACAUCACUAUACUUUGACCAGAUUGGAGACAAAUUAUAUUUGUGAAGGGGCAAGGAUGUGUUUUAUGGCAAAAAACGAUCAAGAAAAUGUGCAAAAGAUGUGCACUAGUGCCCUAGUCUUCACACAGGUGCUAAAACAGAGAUGUCCAAAGGGUGUAAGGUUACAGGUAUUUUCAAGAUACAACAUUCAUGAUGAAAUUCUACAUUCUAUCUGUUGGGCACGCCUUGCAUAACAUCUUUUGUUUUAAAGGCGUGUACAUACACAAAUGCAAAUAUUUGUAUUUAUAAAAGAAAAAAAACAAUAUUAAGCUAGUUGUUAGGCUACUAAAGCAAAAACCUAAAUUUUUUUUUUAUUUUUUUUUAUUUGGUAAAAAAAUAGUUUUUCAUGCAUAUGUUAUCCGUUUGACUUUUGUUUAAACCCAGCAUCCAAAGACCGUGCCUUCUAACAGUAGCAUGUUUUUUUUAACGAAGCAUGGAUUUUUUGAAUUGCAAAACAUAGGCCAGAAUAGUGGAACUAGGAUAGCUGUCUUGGAGGUGUAAAAAAAUAAAUAAAUAAUAUUAUCUUAUUCAUAUGACUAUGUUAUAACCAAAAGAGGUUAACAUGCUUAAAAUAACACCCUGGGCACCAUAACAACGACAUCCCAAAGUCUUGAAUAUGGUGCCCGUCAUCUCUUCCCACAGACAUCUGCUGCAGUCUGAGGCUUGGAACAGGAAAGCUUCAGACUAAGCCUAUCUGCAGCUCCCCAUACACAAAAUGGUGUGAGAAAAAUAUGUAUGUUUCACACCCCAUUUUGUGAAUGCGGAUCUACUGAUAGGCUGAGAGCAUCAGGCGAUUAGUGGCACCUUUUAUAUGAGACUUGCUGUUUUAAGCCCUAAACUGCAGCUAAUGUUCAUGGUAAGAGCUAACAGAUGGUUUACAUUUUAACCCCUUGAAGUAAACAGACGUCCCAGGGAACCCCCUUUAUUCCAAAGUUACUUUAACUGUUUAAAAACACACAUAAAAUCCUGCCCACAACUGGCUCAGUAGUAGACCCUAGUGAAUAAGGGUGGUAAUUCCAGCCUGGACUAGCUCGUUAAUGCAGGAUACAGGCUCAACAUCUCUUUUCUAUCUGCAGCUUUGAAGGUUGAUACAAAGAUCUGUAAUGGACAGUAUUUAGUCAAAAGCCCAGAAAUGUCUAUAAACUGUCUCUGAAAGAUUCAGUCGCUGACCGUUGACUAUGGUGCUGUGUGAGACCCUGUCACACUAAUUAUGGUACCGGCAGCCAUAAAAGAGGCAGGAGAUUCUGUGGUCUGUUGGUGUUGGUCCCGAGUCCCUUCAACCCCACCCUACAUAGCACAGGAUGGAUAACCUUAGUUACAGCAACUUUUCCAGGAGCAGAUUCUGAAGCAAUAAUGACCAGGAGGAUUUUACAAAAAAUAAUUCCACUGUAAACUUUUUUAAUUUUCCCAAAAAUAUUUUUAAAAGUAUGUGCUUUGUUUUUGUGUGUGGUUGUAUACCCUUAUUUUUUUAUAAACAUCUGAAUUAAACCAUCAUUUUUUGUAGUUUGAAAACAGAAUGGCUUAAAACAUGUUCAGGAAAAUUGAUAUAGUUCAAUCCUUCUUGCGGCUUUACUGUGAUACAUUUAUAUACCUUCAUACACAAUAUCGUGGGGCAUUGUAAUCCGUACAGAAUAUACCUCUGUUUUAUUGCUGUUGAAAUCUAUAUACACGCACCACACCUUGCUGCAAGUUUUAUCACUUUAAAGAACUGUAUUACUCCGCCACAUGUCUCACUUUUUUUUAGGGUAUCGGCAUUUCCAUAAGCAAUUUCGAAAGUUGUUUUUUGCUAGAUGGCACAUGAGCCAUUUUGAUAUAUAAAAGAGGGGUGGAAGAGACACUUUUUGAUAAAAAUUGAAACGUAGACAACUUGAACCAUGUAGACAACACAAUGCUAUUCUGGCAGACGUCUAAAGCAGGGAUGAGAGGCCAAGUCAUGGCAUAUGUUUCUAAUUAUAAAAAAACAAUGGAAUCAUGAAUAUAACAAACUUUAUGGAUUUUGCAAAUGCUCAUCUAGCAUAUACAGCCGCACCGACUAAAAAAAAAAAAUACUUGGAGGCAAAACAACUUUUAAAUCACUUCUUAUUGAAAAAAAUUAUUAUUAUCCAGUAUUUAUAUUUUUUGCUGGGGUUGGAGAAUGAUCACGUUAAUUAUGCAUUUAGCACAAUUCAAACCAGGUUAGGAGAGAAGUUGUGUUCUGAAGGAAGGCAUGUUUAGGAGAGAAGCUGUGUUGUGAAGGAGGGCCUGUUUAGGAGUGAAGCUGUGUUGUGAUUAGGGCCUGUUUAGGAGUGAAGCUGUGUUGUGAUUAGAGCCUACUUAGGAGAGAAGCUGUGUUUGUGAAAGAGAUCCUGUUGAGGAGAGACACUGUCUUGUAAAGAAGGGCCUGUUUAGGAGUAAAGCUUUGUUGUGAAGGAGGGCCUGUUUAGGAGUGAUGCUGUGUUGUUUAGGAAGGUCUGUUGAGGAGAGAUGCUGUAUUUAUUUUAAAGGAGAGCCUGUUUUGGAGUGACGCUGUGUUGCGGAGGAGAGCCUGUUUAGGAGUGAAGCUGUGUUGUGAAGGAAGGCCUAUUUAGGAGAGAAGCUGUGUUGUGAUGCUGAGUUGUGAAGGAGGGCCUGUUUAGGAGUAAAGCCUUGCAUGAUUCAUUCAUAUUUAGCUGAUAUUGCCAUGAUUUAUAAAUGUUCUGGAGAGCGAUAGAUGAGGUGUAAUGAACAUAAUGAGUCCAUCUCCUCGGUUGGCCUGAGCCAUAGCAACAUAAUGUACCUGGUGAAAUAGAAUAGUUAUUUUGUUCUUAUUUUUUCCAAGCAGUGUACAGAAAUGUCUAACAUCCUUCAAGAACUGCUGAGAGCGUCAGAGAAAGCUGCGUGCAUUGCCCGCGCAUGUCGACAGGAGGAAACACUGUUUCAGCUUUUGAUUGAAGAAAAAAAAGAAGGGGAAAAGAAUAAAAAGUUUCUCACAGAUUUCAAAACGCUUGCGGAUGUCUUGGUCCAGGAAGUUAUAAAACAUGACAUAGGAAGAAAGGUAAAUUGGAACAUCAAUCCUUGUUUUGGUAAAUAUUUUAUGCUUUUUUAGAUGGCCUGCAUUUGUCUAGCUACAAAGCUUUAAGAAGUUCUUCUUUGCUAAUUAUUAUCUGAAUAUGGUUCAUUGCACAUAGUUUACUGCUGGAACAAAUCUGAUAUAAAGCAAUAUAAAUAGCUUUGUUCCAUCAGAUCUUUCCCUCUUCCCUUAUCUCUUCAAUCCAUAGAUACUCUUAUCUCACUCAUAGUUCAUCUUCUGCUUCUCCCCGUGUCUGUGUGUGUGUCUCUCUCUCUCUCUCUCUCUCUCUUUCUUUCUUUCUCUCUUUCUCUCUUUCUCUCUUUCUCUCUUUCUCUCUUUCUCUCUUUCUCUCUUUCUCUCUUUCUCUCUUUCUCUCUUUCUCUCUUUCUCUCUUUCUCUCUUGAAUAAAAUUCAGAGAAUUAAUCUGAGCUCUAAGUAGACUAUGACUGCUUUUAUCUCCAAAUACUCGACCGCAUGUCCUCUUAAUUCUGCCCAUUUCUAAUAUUUCCAUCUCUAAGAUUGCUCCAGUGCUGCACCUCCUGUAAUUCUUUACAACGCCCUGUUAGACACUUGCUCAUCAUCCACAGCUUUAAUCUUCCCUGAAAACUUACCUAUUCAGAGAAGCUUACGCAUCCAUGAGUUUUUUUUAAAGUUAAAAGGUUACUCCAAGCACCAUGACCACUUCAAUGUUUUCAAGUGGCCAUGGUGAUUGCAGUCUGCAUGUGCAGUGUUUCAAUUUGAAACACUAUACAUGCAGAGAAAUGGUACAUUGCAGCCAGAAGUGUAACUCCAUCUCCAAGUAAUGACCAAUCAAGGAACUUACGCUAGCUAUUACCUUAGGGCUAUGGCCCCUGUAAUAGACCUUGGUGCAGGACUGGGAAAAGGCUCAGUUCGUGCCUUUUGGAAUCACCAGGUUCGGUAUAUGAGAUGUACCGAACGGAUUAUGUUUGCUGUGUUCGUGUGCCGAACAAACUACCGAAUGAGAGAACACAUGGAAGUGGAGUGUGUCACUUGUUAACCUUAUUGACCUCGUUAACUGCAAUAUUCUAAACAGUCGGCAGGGUGGCCGCCAUUUGUAUGGAUGAACACGAGGUGGCAGCCAUCUUAUUCCCGUGAACGCGUACAGCGGUGUUUGGUCGUCGAGUGUAUGGAACUAUAAUCGGGCACUCGACGGUGCAAACAAAGCUGGAACUUCCACCACUAAGUAUAUUCGGCUGGAUUCGUAUGAGAAGAGCGGCGUUCGGUGGGAACAAACUCCUGAACGAGGGACAAAAGGCAAGCCCACGUACGAACAGUUCUGUUCGGUAUAUUGCUGUAUUGUGAACUCCCGAAAGAGACCGAUCGCACAGCCUGAUUUCAUGGAACUCUUUUGGGCAGGAGCCUCGUGUGCGGUAGGUCAAAUUAUGACCUCCAUGAAAAUACUGAACCCCCUGAACCGAUCUGGGUAGUUCUUGUAUAUGUUGGUCCCCCAGAUCGGGGCUCUCAAGGGGGGACUUUUGUGGGGUUUCCAUGUGUUUUGGGGGUACUUUCAGGAGGUUGUUAAAAUGUAUGUUUUCUGUGCCUGGAGAUAAUUAAGUUGCUUUAUAAAAGCACAUUUUGCAAAGAGGGCCUCGCUCACCAGUUCUUUGGGUUUUCUUUCUUUUUUUUAUGUUGUUAUAUUAAAAUGAAUUUUCUUUCAUUACGCCUCACAAUAAACAGAAAAGGAAAGCCCUAGGACCACUUUCUUUUUCUGUUUAAUACUAAGGGUUACCCCCGUCUGGAUAUCCUCAGGACACACACUAUAGCCCCUGUACACUAGAGGGGCAGAUCCUGCUUUUUUUUACGCCUCACAAUGCAACAUAUUUUAACUCUUGAUUCAUGGUUUUAUUUUUUUCAGUUUCCAGGGUUGGAAAAAAACAUUGCAGGAGAAGAAUCAAAUGAAUUUACAAAUGAAUUAGGUAAGUAAUAUACUAUACAAGCUUUUGAAAAAUCUGCUUGUAAAGUGGCGUAUUAUUAUAAAUUACCAUAUUAUUCCAUUUAUUUAUUUUGCAUACAUUUCUUCAAUUUUUGUAAAAAUAAUUUUUUUCAAUAAAGGGGUACAGAAAGUAAGAAGGGGGGAGCAAUGUAAUAUGUAACUCUUUACUCUCCUCUCUAUGUCCAGUGAGUCUCCCUUAUGUUUACGCAAAAUCCCCUUGCCCUAGGGAUGUUGAAACCCUUCCACAUGAGACCUCCAUGUGGACCAAGUCUCCUCUACAUUUAUACGCCAUUUGAGUGUCAUUCUCGCCAUAGAUUCAUAAGUAUCGUUAAGGUUUAAUUUAUUUAUAAGGUCCUGGGCAUCUGAUGCUCUUUUGAAUGUAAUGCUAUUAGGUGUCUAGCUGCUAAUAGAAUGUGGAUAGCUAGUGCCCUGGUUGGUGCUGGUAUUUCUUCUGGGAAAUGUAGCCACAACGCUAAUUUGAUAUUUCUAGUCGAUAAUGGUGAGCAUAGUCUAUGUAUCAAUUUAAAGGUUUAAUCCCAUAGUGGAGCGAUACCAGUCAAAUCCCGUUACACAUGAGACAUUGAUCCAACCUCUGUGAGGCAACACAAAUGUCAUAAACACACCCUACUUCAAGAGUGUGCAUGACUUAGUUGUGGUGGUAAAAGUUCACUAUUUGUCUGCACUAGACCGGAAAUAAUUAUAAAAUCCCACUAAACACCACCCACACUUAACCAUAAUAAUAUGAAUAUUACUAUUUUAACCCUGCCACCACCAAGACCAUUUAUAAAUGGGGUUCCUUGGUCCCCCAGGUAACUUAAUAAUAAAAACCCAUCAAGUACAACUUGGCACAAUAUUUAAGCAAUUGCAAAACACUAAUUAGUCUCUUGAGGUAAUAUGAUUCUUUACCAGACAAAGGCAGAAUAAAGAAAUAAUUAUUAUGAGCAAACAUUAGUCACAGUGCAUACAGAAAUAUAAUGACAAUCAAAUUAGUUACACCAACAACAGAUAAAAAAAACAACAAAAAGGGAUAAAAUAACAGAAGUCCUAAACACUUACUCCUUAGGUUUUCAAAGUAAAACUUCUGCCCAGGGGUCCUCUGGCAAGGAAGAUGGUGACUCACUCAAAAUUGGAUAUUGGCCCCAAGCAAGUACGAACACAUUUCAGUAUCAUUAGAUAUAUACCCUGUGGAUUACAAAGCCUGGAGGUGGAGAUAAGGUGUACCUCUAGAGACUAUAAGCUCUCCACCUGUGUUCCAGAUCAACAUCAGAAAAGGUGAAAACUCGCCUUAUUUCCAGCGCUGCCGUUAAGGCCCUGCCCCUUGGUGACAUAAUCAGUUACCGAUUUUUAGCCAAUCUAAUGAUUGGCUAAAAUCGGCAAGAGGGCGGGGCCAAAUACUUUUUUGGACAAUCAGCACCUCAUCCUAGAGAUGCAUUGAAUCAGUGCAUCUCUGAGGAAAAUUCAGCGUCCCCAAUGCAGUGCUUGGAGACGCUGAAUUGCUGCCUACUGUGCUGCACUGAGCCAGUAAGCACCUUGAGUGGCCACUUGAAGGUGUCCCUAGAAGCAAUGUAAACACUGCCUUUUCUCUGAAAAGGCAGUGUUUGCAUUAAAAUGCCUGAAGGCAAUGAUUAUACUCACCAGAACUACUACGUUAAGCUAUAGUUGUUCUGGUAACUAUAGUGUCCCUUUAAUUAUUAAUCUGUGGGUAAGUAUUAAUGUUUCUUUUGGAUAUGAUACUGGAACACAGGUUUUUUUUCUUGAAAGCUAAUUACCAUUCAUAUGAAAGAACUCCCUAUCUUUUUUUAUUUUUUUUUUCAAUUCUUUAUUUUGGGUGUGUAUGAGAGUUAUAAAAGGAACAAGAGACAUUCGUACAUUAGUCAGUUAAUGAGGUAUACAUAGCUUAGACAUGUCUUGCAAUGUGCACAUUUUUUUUUUUUUUCAUCAAAGAUCUAUGAUAUACAGAGUGAACACAAGUAAUGUAGAGCAAACAAGUUAACAAAAGCCAUGUAAUCAGUAGUUUUGUUAUGUCAAAGUGGGUGUCAUCGAGUUGGUUAACAGGCCUAAUGGUAAUUGACAUAUGUAGGUGUAUGGAGUAAUACUAGUUUCCAAUCUAGAGGAUGCUGCAUUUUCGGGGGGUUCGGUGCGUGCGGACAGCCUUGUCUACCCAGGCUGCGUGCCGGUAGGCAAGUUGAAUCAAAAGACUGGCUAUGAUGCUAAGAAGAAAUGCAGGUGAGCGCAGGUCCCCUAACGAAGGGGAAAUAAUUCCCUAUCUAAGAGGGAAUCUAGACAUAUGGCAAUUACAUUAUAUGGCAAUAUUCUAUAGUGCAGCAAUGAAUUAUGCACCCUUGCCGUGACAACCAACAUGUGGGGAAGUAUAAUUUAUGAACUUGUUCCAGAGGUAGGUGCCACCAGCAGAUACGUUUUCUUUGUGAUUAUAGCACUGGGCAACUCAUUUUAGAGUAUUCCUGUUAAAAACAGAGAUCAAAUUUGGCAAUGAUACUAAUGGAUCAAUCCAGUGAAAGGAUGAUAUCAUUAGCAAAUAAUAUUUUAUGUUCCUUAUUAUGGUCUGUGAUUCUUGUGACGUUUGGGCCGGUGCAACAUUUUUUGUGCUAAUGGUUGAAGGGACAGUACAAACAAAAGUGGUGGAAGUAAGCAGCCCUGUCUGGUACGAUUUGUGAUAAAACUGCAAUUUUUCACAUUGCAGGGUUAAAGGACCACUAUAGUGCCAGGAAAACAUACUCGUUUUCCUGGCACUAUAGUGCCCUGAGGGUGCCCCCACCCUCAGGGACCCCCUCCCGCCCGGCUCUGGAAAGGGGAAAGGGGUAAUAACUUACCUUUUUCCAGCGCUGGGCGGAGAGCUCUCCUCCUCCUCUCCGCCUCCGAUCCUCCCCGCCGGCUGAAUGCGCACGCGCGGCAAGAGCUGCGCGCGCAUUCAGCCCGUCGCAUAGGAAAGCAUUUACAAUGCUUUCCUAUGGACGCUUGCGUGCUCUCACUGUGAAAAUCACAGUGAGAAGCACGCAAGCGCCUCUAGUGGCCGUCAAUGAGACAGCCACUAGAGGAUUAGGGGGAAGGCUUAACCCAUUCAUAAUUAUAGCAGUUUCUCUGAAACUGCUAUAAUUAUGAAAAAAUGGGUUAACCCUAGCUGGACCAGGCACCCAGACCACUUCAUUAAGCUGAAGUGGUCUGGGUGCCUAGAGUGGUCCUUUAAGGGAACCGAUAUACUGCACCAUGACCACUUCAAUGUUGCGUUGUUACAUGUAUAUCCCAGCAGUGGUAGCUAUGAAUACAGGAUAAGGGAUUGAGAUGCAGGGGGCUUUGUUGGUGAUGAGGGGUCAGGCCCUCUUAAAAUGAGAAGAAAUAGGGGCUGCCCAUGCACAGAGCACUGUUGGAGUACUCUCAUGUGGGCAGAAUGCCCUGCUUCAAUUCCUGCAGAAUGAGCCCACCAUGCUUGUGCUAUACUUAUGAACAUAAAAUAUUAUACUAAGGAACAUUUCUUUGGUGUCUGAAAGGCAAACAUAAACAGGGCAUUAAUUCAGGACUGUCCUUUUGAAUCCAGGACUGUUGGAAAUUAUGUGGUCUGUAUUGUGGAAAUGUUUCUGCUGUAAUGUGAAAUGUUUGCUAGACUGAGUAAUAUGAGAACAUGUGAUAGUCCGUGUAAUCCCUGCUUUACAUUUAUUGAACUGAAUGUGCAGUUAAAGCUUUCUCUGAGCAAUGCAGUCAUCUUAUCAAAUUUUCUAGUUUGGGAAUUCUAUUAAUUGCAUGUAUUUCCAGGUCAUACUGCAAAUUCCUAUUUUACGCAAGCUUAAUUAUUAAUUAUGCGUUGGUUAUAUGAUGGCUUCAGAAACUUUUGACUCCUGCAUAUAUUGUUAGUCAUUGUAAAUGCUUCAAGAUGCGAGCGUGGCUUUUUAUUUUUUCCUUAUCUAUAGGGGAAAAGAUUAUCGUACGAGUGUGUGCAACCGAGAAAGAAACUGCUAAGCUUUUACAGAGAGUGCUUGAUAACAAUGAAGCUGCGUCUAAAGCAUUGGCACGGGCUGUCCAUGAGGACGUGCAACUGUCGGACCCGGCACUUGAUGCUGUACAUAUUAACAUUCCACAUGACAACAUAGCCAUGUGGGUGGAUCCCAUAGGUGAGAUGAAAGGGGGUUGUUUUGCAAUGAAAGUUUUUCUUUAUUGAAUUUUUUUGGAAGAUGCUCGGAGUUUGGGGCUGCUGCUGCUGCUGUUAUUAUUAUUAUUAUACAGCAGUUCAGUACAUGGGUACAAUUAGUACUAGUAAAAAGACAAAGGUACAAUACAUAUGCGACAACACAAAUUUGACAAAUACAGAAAGUGUUUGGAAUCCUCUUCCCAUUGGAAUUUACAAUCUAGAUGGUUAUUAACUAAAUGGAUUAUGUUUAACAAAGUAAAAUUAUAAAACAAAAUAAAAACACAAGGCCAUCAAGUUCCAUCUCCAAACGAUGUUCCUCUCUCAAGACUACUUACUAAACGAAGGAUUGUGGGGAAAUUCUAAGUGAAUUUCAAAUUUAAGACUGAAGUAGCCAAUGUUAAGAGGUUCUGAAAGGCUGAUUUAGCCUUAAAUUUGCAAUUUUCUUUGAAUUCCCCAUAAUUCUCUAUCUCUCUCUAGUAAAGAGACCUAUUUAUUUUGAUUGAUUCAGAAAAGGGUGAGCAUAGGAAUAUUUUUCAUGACUGUAUAGGCAGCAAAAUAGUCUCUUGACCAAUCUGGUAAUAGCAAAUCAAAUUCCCCCUUUUGUCUGAAAUAUAUCAAGCAUUCUCUUAUGCCUGCCAACCAACCAAAUCAAGCAAAAAUAAACAUUUACUUUAUUGUGGGUACUCUGUUCAUCAUUUAGGGGUCUUGGGUAACGAUAUCACCCUACAAAUUUAUUCAACUACAAAAUAGCUCUUACCUCUGGCAUUGUCAGAGGACAGGCUUGAACUGGAACACCACAGUUGUUGUUGCACUGUAAUGGCAUUUAUUCAGAUUUUCUGCUAGCCAUAGUUAUCAAACCAUUAUUUUGUGUCUCCGUAGCAUUCUGUGAAAUAAUUCUAUUUUUUUUCUUUACAGUGCAUUGCAAACAUAGUUAGAUAAUUUGACAUGAUUGAUCUUUUUCUCUCCAGACUCAACAUAUCAGUACAUUAAAGGGUCAUCUGAUAUUACCCCAAAUAAUGGGAUUUUCAUUAAAGGACUUCAAUGUGUGACCGUAUUAAUUGGAGCCUACCUAAUCGAUACUGGACUUCCAAUAAUGGGUGUAAUUAAUCAACCUUUUGCUACAAGAGAUCCUAAAACACUCCGGUAAGGAAUUCAAAACGUAAAGACAACAAUGCGGGAGUCGUAUAUAGAAUAUAAAAUGUUCAUAUCUGUUGUAUCAGCAGCAAAUGCUUUGUAGUGCAAAUGAAUUAUAAAUGUUCAAUCUUAAAUAAAAUCAAAAGAUCUGAAAUGUCUUCCAUUUUAUGGAUUGUUUGGUUUUUCAUUCUAAUCCUCGAACUGUCCAACAGGAGGAUUGAAAGUGAUUCCUUCAGGAGGCGAGAUUUAUUAUUAUCAUUUAUAAACUGCCAACAUUGCAAUCGUUGCUUUACAUUUGGGGGAAAGACCAUACAAUAUACACAGACCAAAUACAAGAGAUACAAAUGUUUUUACCGUCAAUUGUUUCUCUGAGCUAUUAAAAAUGUUUUAUCUUGCUACAGGGAUAGCUAACAGAUUCCUGUUCACAUUUUCUUAUACUAUAGCUCCCAUACUUCUUCAAUCUGCUUCUAGCUUGACAUAGAUUGCCUGGAGAUUUGGAGAAUUUGUGAGUGUUCUCGAGAGCCUGGUUACCCUAGUUCUGGACGGCCUCCAUCACAAAUCAGAUUCUUAUUCAUAUUGUCUAUUUUAAUGUGUUUGUUUGUGAAAUUCUUACAUAGUGACUGCUGAAUAACUGUACAAUUUAUUCAUAUUCUCAGAUGGAAAGGUGAACAUUAUUGGGGAUUGUCCUACAUGGAUACAAAUAUCUGUUCACUACAGAUUUCUUCUAAAGUAAAUAAUCUUGACAACCCAAGCAGUGGACCUCCACCUUGUAUUGAAAACAGAAACAACCUUUACUCAGCUGUCACAAGUUCAGCUGAAGCAAAGAAUAUACUUGGCACCCUCUCUUCAUUAUGUGAAGAAAACCUAUACUUUGCAGCAGGAGCUGGUUAUAAGUGUCUUUGUGUGGUCCAGGGCCUCGUGGAUUUCUAUGUGUUUUCUGAAGACACCACCUUCAAGUGGGACUGUUGUGCUCCUCAUGCUAUCCUGAGAUCUCUUGGAGGAGGCAUACUGGACCUUUCUAAGUGCCUGAAAAAUGCAAGGCAUAAAAGUGAAUUUUCUGAGAAGCCCCAUCUGUUAUACAAUAUGGAAGUGGAAGGAUCAACUGGAGCAGAUAGGUGGUCUAAUAAAGGUGGACUUAUAGCUUAUAGAUCAGAAAAACAUCUAGAAUCUUUUAUGGACCUUUUUAUAAAAAAUCUAGCUCUUCAAAAUGAGCAACACUAAAGACCGACAAGCCAAUAUAUAAUCUUCAUAGUUAAAAUUUCAUAAUGUUGUAUACUCCUUGUAUUACAUAUAAACAAAAUGACUAUAUUAAUAUAUUCCUAGAAUAAUGAGGUGCUGGAUAUAGCUUCUUAAAAAUUGAAGCAGUGAGUUAAACUCAUAAUAAUCUCAGUGACCAGUUAUAUCUUUACUAUUUUAUAAACUGUUUAAGCAACAAAAAAUGUCUUUAAAGUUAUAUUUAUUUCAACCAGUUAUCAGUUAUAUAGUUUACUAUCACAAAUAAAGUGGAUCUGACUGAAAGGAAAAUCCAAUGGUGUUAACAUUUAUUAAAACUCUUCGCAGAUCUAUUUAAUUAUGUUUUAUUGUUCUGGAUUUGGUCCUGUCAUGUAACAAUGCUUGUUGCUGCUUAAUUAAUCCCAUGCAUCUCUACUGGCAGAACUCCUGUGCUACUGUUAAAACACAUACACAAACCAUAAUUACACACUAUUAACAAUCAUUAAGGGAGAUAUUGUACUGAUAAAUAUAGUAAACAUAGAUGCAUAAAUGUGCCGGUUAGGUUCAAAUUGAUAAUUAAAAUUUAAUUCUAGUUAAUUCCUGAUUUUCUCUGUAUACCAAGUUAACAUAUGGUUAACAUAUCCUCUAAGCAGUAUUUUUUUUUUUUUUUUCUGUGUAACGUGGAUGUAUAUAGAAUGGCAAUAAUUGUAGUCCUACACUACUUGACGCUACUAAAAGUUGUUUACCACUACAAGCUUGGAUAGUCC